UGGACACAUUCUUCCCGGGACAGUCAUUCUUAAUGCCAUCAAGCAGGGGGAAGGCAUCCUUCCUUUUGUCCUUUAUCUCUCUUCUUCAAGACUAGCUCCCUUGCCAACCUGCUCUCUGAUUUUUCUCUACACUGGGAUAGCAAAGUCAAGAUUUAGAAGAUCCCCCAACUUCAGGGAAGGUACGUGAUUCCUGCCGCCUGCCCCAAACUUGUAUCUUGCUUUAAAGAUUGCUUGUGAUUCUUGUCGUAUGGAAGACUAGCUGGUUUUCAUUGUUGCUGCUAUUCUUACAUUUUGUUUCACAGGAAUUCUUUUGCUCGGUUUUAAAUUUAAUAUAAUUUUAAUUUAGCAUGGAAGGGAAAUGCGGUUCCUCCCUGUUCUUGAACUAAAAAGAAUGCUCUGCUCUUUUAUUUAGCUCAGAUCUCUUUGAUUAUUGCUAUUUAUCAUUUCUGUCAUACUUCACACAUCCUAUAUUAAAACCACCCUGUGAAGCAGCGGGGUGCAACAUCACCAAUCCUAGUUUUACAACCCCAGUUUGCAGAGCAUGUGCCAACUCUAAUUUGCUGAUCAGAUGAAAGGGUAAACUAUGGUUUCCUGCAACCAGGAACCAGAACUUCCUAGUCUUGACUGGCAAGAGAGGGAAGGAGCAAUGUGGACGAAUGCGUAAGAUUAAGCACCAGAUUCAGCCAACGUGGUGCACUAACAAAAGCUAGGACAAGGACUCCUGCUAGAAGAAUGGGGCUGUCCUCCUGCUCAGCUUCCCCUACCCGAAAUCUGCUCUGGAUGGUGAGAACCACCAAAACAGUAUGUGGGGAGGAGAAAUGCUUGCGCUGAUGGAUCGCACCCCAAGACUACUCACUUGCAAGAUACUAAACCAUAGCUGCCCAAAAUGGCUGAACCACCUCCGUGGCUUCCCAGAGGCUCCAACCAGUGUCAUGGACAAAGAGUGUUUCCAUUGGCACUCCCAUCUCAAAACCCAUUAAAUUUCCUAACUUCACCACCUCACUUGCCUCCAAGGAGAGCAAACCCCCAACUUGAGUGUAUAGCCAAAGUAUUUAUUGAAAGGGAAUGACUGGAGGAGGAGCGAAGCAGCUACAAUCUCCACUUCAGGGUCUGCACAUCUGUUCGCUUGCACUCAUACCCUCCGACAUUUCAGGAGGGCAAAAUGGGACACCUUCCCUCCCACCCGAUCUUCCUGCUCCUCCCCAUCUGCCCAAACUCCAUGCUCCUUCUCCCGCCUGAUUUUUGCACUCUUUCUGGCCUCCACCUGCCUGAUCUUCAUGCUGCUUCUUCCCACCCCCAAUCACCCGCCCAUCUCUCAUUGCUCCAAAACCUCAGCCAGGACCCAGUGUUCUCAUUUAUUUCUCAGUAUGACAGUACAAUAUAUGAACAAUGGUCCACAGCACAUAAGCACCUUCAGAGUUGCUGCACUCCACCCACCCCAUUGUUCCAUCUUUAAUGCCUCUAACUCAACGGCAACAGCAGUGUUUCAAGUGGCCACGGCCAAGGCCAGCAACACCCCCUGCUGUAGUUUGUUUGUUCUGAAGUGUUUGUUCUGACUGAGCACUAGCUUCUGCCAAUGGCGACGCAAAAGGAGAGUGGUGGUGCUAAAGAAGGUGUAGGGGGCUUGAAAAAAAAUUGAAUGGAGGCAAAGGUAAGAGAGCAUCUUUCAGCUCUGUUUUUUUUGUGUGUGCUGUGCUCUGGUGUGAGCCAGCUGACUCGCGCCACAGUGCAGAACCAAAAUCUACACAUCCAGAAUUGGGAUCAGGAGUCAGGAAGGCUUCUGUUAAUCCAGGAUGUCCUGCUUAAAACGGGACAGUUGCGUAGUAUGCGCUAAGCCAUUGUGUGCUUAGCAUUGUGUGUCAAUACGGACAAAGGAGGCAUUUAAAAGAAAACUUAAUGAAUAUGCCCUUUCUGAAAUAAUAGGGAAAAUGAAACACAGCCAUCCCUUCUCCAAAUUUUCCAGUGCAGUUCUCCAGCCAAGUAAUGUGUACAAAAAUGUAAGUACUUGGGUAAGGUGUGCAUAGAAAUCAGGAGCAGCCCAUCCCAUUGCACUGCUUGUGGCCAAUUGGGAAGUACCACCCUGUCCUGCCCCUGCCGCCUUGGGGGCUUCCAUGGCUUGAGGUGGUGGCCUCACCCGUCCUAAUGGCUGGGCAGGCCCUGACAGAAAUGCAUAUAUUGGUGAAAAUAGGAUGCAUAAAAGGUUCCGUUAGUGGGGGAAUGCUUUGCAAAAAUGUAUAUAUUGGGCAAGUUUUAGUAUUAGGAGAAAUUUGCACUAAAAUGCUGGUGGCUUUUCAUGGUGACUUCUAAAAGAAAGAUUGCACACUGUUGAUGAAACGUGAAGGACUGAACUUAAGACUGGGGGGAGGGGGGAGAAACAAAAAUUGUCAGACCCUUGUCAUCCCUCUCCACACAGAAUUAACCUCUCCUGUAUUUAUUUAUUUAUUUACGGGGUGACCCUCAUUACAAAUCAGUGGAGCAUACUGCAUGUUCUCAUCUCCUGAACUUCUUGUUAAAUCAUCUAGCAAUGUAUACCAGAGUACAGCAAAUCCUUCAAGACGAAGGCAUUUAUUUCAGAGUAUGUCGAGAGGACUUGCUCAUGAGUAUAUUGCUGGAUUGCUGGAGUCCCAGAAAUGGCACCAUUGAAUGCCCUCCCACUUGGUGCCUGGCAACAGCCUCUCCCCUUCCAGUUUUUAAAAUUGAAAGGGGUGUUGACUCUUUACUGGUGGCUGUUUAGGGAAGUGCCUGAUACGGGGCGGGGUGUCUGUUGCCUGCUUCUUUGGUCUGUGUUUUGUUUUGGUGGGUGUCUAGGUGAUUGCCUGUUUCGUGGGCAGCAGCAAUCUUUCUUUAGUGAAAAUGAAUUUUGUGGAGCCGACAAUAGUUCCUUAGAUUGCCAAAUGUGCCACGUGGCCCCUAAAAAUCAGGGACUCCAAGUACUAUAUAUUUAAAGCCACAUCAUAUCACUUUAAACCUUUGUGAUUUCCCCCAAAGAAUUCUGGUUACUAUAGUUUAUUUGCAUAAGAACGCAAAGAGCACCUAAGUGGAUCAGUCCAAUGGCCUAUCUAGUCUAGUAUCCUAUUCUCACAGGUGACUCUGGGAUUAAGCAUAACGAGACUUAUGAGGAGACCCCUGGUCUCCUCACAAAGCUAUAAUUCUCAGAGUGGUUUAACUGUUAAUGCAUACACUUUUGCUAUUGCUAUUUAAUAACAGGUGUGUGUGUGUGUUAUUUCCUCAGUAGCAGGAAAAAUAUACCAUGUGUCCACAUUGCACUCUCUUUUCGCAGAAGUCAUUUUGAAGGUACCUGCACAUUUUACCCCAUAACUUUCUUUCUAGGAGGGCUAGAGACUGAUGUCUUUUUUAAAAUGAAAGCUCAGAGUCUGGGGAACUUGCCCAGCAGCUCCAGUGUAAUCCUUCAAGGGCACUGGAUUGGUGACCCCAGUGCUAGGUGUUACAGAUAUCAGGUUACACACCUGGGAUUCUGGACUAAAGAAGCAAUGACCUCAUUUUUAAUAAUGUAAAGUCUAAAUAAUGUCUUAAUAAAAUCUAAAUAAAGUCUAUAAUGUAAUACUAAAGAAUACUAAUUUAUUUAUAUGAAUUUCACAGCUGCUAAGUGUUAUUUUCAUCCUGAAUUUAAGACAAUUGUCUUUCCACUUGCUGCAGUUCUUAUGCUUCCUCUUGCCUGAGCUCUGUUGAUGCAAGAGUGAUGGGAACACAUGCACAGUUAAGUCUGAGUGUUUUGUGUUCACUGCAACAGUUUAACACAUGGGCUAUUUUAAAACCCGUUACUUGCAUUCAAGCAUAAACAGUUUAUUAAAAGUAUUAGCCUCAGAUGUUCUAAUUAAAACAGAAAAUGCAUCUUCCAAACAGAACUUGAGACACACAAUAAAACCAACAUGCCAAAGACAAAAAACCUAUUUAAAUCCAGUGAGUUAAAUGGGAGUUUCAUUUUACAGAUUUGGAGACUGUGUUGUCUAACAAGUAUUUUGAGUAAUUUCUGAGAUAAUUCACCUGAAUAAUUUAUCUUGGUUUUAACAUAUCUAGGUGGGGCUUAUUGUCUGUUUGGUUGUAAGUUGCUUUGGGUUAUCCUGGGCAAGAGAAAGCAAAUAACUAAUUAACUAACUGAAUGAAUGGAUGGAUAGAUGGAUGGAUGGAUGGAUGGAUGAAUUAGUGUGUGUCUUCUUCAACAGGGAUGGGUAAAUUCAUCAAUUUUCAGUUCUCUCGGUUUCUCAUUUCUUUCCAAGCAAGUUCUUCACAUUUUCCACAUCAUUUUCCAUUUUCUUUUCUAAUGUUCUCAUAAAAAUACACCAGCAUUUUAGUCUGAAUUUUUUCCAUACAUACAAAUGUCUCUAUGCAAUUUUGCAUUUUUGUCUGUUAUUUUCAUGAACAUUUGAUGUUAUUGUUUCUGACAGGAAUUCCCUCCCCCCAUAAGUGUCCAUCAUGGAAAUACGAAGCUUUUCCCACCGCAGGGAAGACGAGCAAAAGGAGGAGAGGCACAGAAAUCUACAAAUGAGUUCUAGAACAAGGAAGGCAAAGUUCAGGACCAGGUUAGCCAAGGAAUGAAUGAGAUGACAAAACCCAGUGCUCCAAAGUGUUAUAUAUAUAUAUAUAUAUAUAUAUAUAUAUAUAUAUAUAGUGUGUGUGUGUGUGCGCGCGCACUAACAGUGAAUACCAGAAUUUCAGAUAAUGUAAACCUUUUGUGAUAAAUUUUGUGAGUUCACGAAAACUAAGAGCGAAGCUUUGGAAGAUUCACCAAAUUCAUUAGGGAUUGCUAGCAUUCCUGUGAGAAUGUCACUGCGGUUUGGAUAUUCAGCAUACCAUAUGAGCGGAGUUGCCAUUUGUAAUGCCAGGAAUCUGAAUUUAAGAUUGGACAAAUGGGAAACAGGGAGAAACUGAAAUUGACAGAUUAACCCAUCCCUAACUGAGUAUAGUGCUGUUGUAUUUAGAAACAGGCUGGGGGUUUUUGGCACCUCUAGUCCAUGUGAAACAUUUUUGUUUUUGAACUUGUCCUGUUAUAUAUCUCCCUCACUGCACCUUGUAGUACUUCUUUGGUAUUCAUGAAAUCUUUCAUUUCUAUCUGCUUUCUCAACCUUGGGGGCAACAGUGAAGAAGAAGAGGGCUUCACACGUCUGGAUUUGUCCAUAGCAUCUGCACUUGCAUUGACAUCGGAAAAAUCAUGGUAGGUCCAGUAGCUUACUAGAGCAAACUUUUCCAAAAUUCUAAAGCAUAAUGAGUUCAGUUAGGGUCAGUUAUCUUAGUGAUUGAACUGUGUACAUUUGCAUAAAAUCUGUCUGCUGCAUGAAUGUGAACUGAUAUCACCAGCAAACCUUUGGACGCAUUAAUUUUCUGGAGCCAUACCUGCGAGCAUAAGAAGAUAGUCAUGCGAUGCCCUCCAGAUGUGGUUCAGCUCCAAAAAUCCCUGGUUAUUGGCCAUGCUGACUAAUGUGCGUUGAGAGCCCAAACGUAUCUGGAGGGUACCAUAUUGGCUGCCCACCAUCUAGAGCCCUGCUCAUAGGUUAAGAACAUAAGAAGAGCCUAAUGGAUCAUUCCAAUGGCCCAUUUAGUUCAGCCUCCUGUUCUCACAGGGGCUAACCAAAUGCUUGUGGGAAACUGGCAAGCAGAACAUGAGCGCAAGAGCCAUCUCCGCUCCUGUGGCUUCCAGCAACUGGUAUUCAGAAGCAUUACUGCCUCUGACUGUAGAGGCAGAGAGAAUGAAAAAGGAUAAAGAUUGCUAGUUCGGGCAAAACCUGUGUGGGAAUGUUCAGGGGGCCCCAAGAGGAUAUAUUAAUAUCCUUCCUAACUUGCACUAGCAAGUGUUAGAAUUCCUGCUCCAUGAUUGCAGUCAUGGCAUUGUUGUCUAUCACCUGAUGGUGUAUGUUUUGACUCCACAGAAUGGGAAGUGACAGGGACAGGAUGUUUGUGUUACUGUGUUCCGUGAAGUGGGAUUAUUGUCCUUUGUUCUUUCUCUUUACUGUCUGAUGCUAGAGAGAGGGGGAGCCAUGUUACAGUGCUCCGUGUGUGUUUAUAUGAAAAUAAAGUAGAUUAGCCAAAAUGCUGAGUUGCUGAGGUCUGUUACGCAAGCUGCGAAGACUGCAGAUCCCUUAGUGUGCCAUUGUCUGUUGGCAUCGGUCGCUGUGAUGUUCGGGCAGAAGAAAGCUUUUGAAGCUCCCGGACAAUCAACCAGGAGGGAGAGAACAUGCCAGUCGGGCAUGUGUCUCUGCCAGGGUUCUACUCGAGUGUCGGACGAGCUCCUGACAGCAAGUUCCUUUAUUAUAGCAGAGUGCAUUCCCUUCUACACAGCAGAAAACUAGUUGAAAACUCGUGUGAGUUUCUUAAGACAAUAUGUGAUUCAAUCUGGCUUGUCCAGAUUGAAAUGUGUUCUAAUAUUUUCCUGGUAAGACCCCUUGAAUCUCUCCUAAAACAAUAAAGACACCACAGUUUUAUUCAUAAGCAGUAAAAAGAAAGUUUACUCACGAUCAGGCAGAGCACAGUGUGAUCCCUGAAGGCAGGCUUUAGGCUUAAAGUUACAAACGUAUAAAAGAGGUGUACCCCAUAAGGGAGAUAACCUGAGGGACUGCUUGGCUGGCAGCCAGCAGUUCAUUCCAGGAAGUUCGCAGGACGAAAGGAAGAUGAAAGAGGAGAGAGUGGCAGCAUGCCUUGUUCUUUUACCAGGUCUGGAAAGGUCAUACCCACCCACUAGUCACAUGCAAGGAAGGAUGCUCCAGGCCAGGAGGAACAGGAAGUUUCGCCUGGCUGGACCAAACAUUCCUUUGCAUGUCCACUCUAGGAAAACAAGGAAUGUUGUACUUGACUGCUCUCAGUGGAUUACAUCCCACAACCUGAACCCUGCGAGAGGACAUGGAAAGCUGGGUGAUAUAUAUUUUAUGCUUUCUGUCCCCAGGGAAACGAAAAUGAGGCAGAAGACUACUGUUUUGGAGCUAGAGAAAAGAGGACAGAAGAGAGUUCGUUUUGGGAACGAAAUGGAGAAACUGGAGAAAACGGUCAUUCGGAACUGCCGGGCCUUGCGUGUGAGAGCUGACAAAAAGGCUCUGCGGAGGAAGGUAAGGGGAGGAGCAGCUUAAAGUGGGUUGUUUGAGAGUCAAGAGCCAGCAGCACCCACAGAGGCAAAGUUCAUUGGGCGGAUACAAACUUUCAGUGAUACUUUUGCGUAGCAUUUCAACUCACAUCCAUCCACCAGCUUGGGGCCAGUCUGGAAGCUUGCAAAUUGCACUAUGAAGAUCAGCCUCAAGGCUGCAGCUUUGCGGAGGAGGAAUGUCUGGCUCUGCGCAUGUGUGGAUACUUUUCCAUUGCUUUCUGGCAGUGAUUUCUGCCCGAGCAACAGAUUAAAGUUAUGUAUGUUAGAGGGACAAGAAAGGGUCAGUGCUGCGUGGUUUGCGAAAAGAGAGCCUGACUGUUGUAUGUAGAUACUCUGUUGUUAUAGCAAGUGGGUUAACAACCAGCAGGUAAAAUAACCAAGCCAGGAAGGAAUCUCAGUGUUCAUUGACACCUCCUGGUUAGUUCUGAGUCCUGAAGCCCCUUCAGCCCGAUAUGCACUAUACAUUUAAAGCAGCUUCAUCUCACUUUAAACAGUCAUGGCUUCCCCCAAAGAAUAUUGGGAACUGUAGUUUAAGGGUGCUGAGAGUUGUUAGGGGACCACCAUUACCCCACACAGAGCCCCAGAGAAGGUGGAUUUACUGUUAAACCAUUCCAACCAUUGUAGCUCUGUGAAACAGUACAUUAUAAGAUAAAGGAACGUGUUAGAUUUCCAAAAUUGUGGACAUGCGACUUCCAUACAGUGGCCACUUAUAUAUCUCCAGAAAGGAUGGGGCUGCUCUCCACUAACAUUUACUUGGAAUAGAUCUGCUGAAAUUAAUGGACCCAAGUUAGCAAUGACCAUUAAUUUCAAUAGGUCAACUCUGAGUAGAAGUUAGUUGGAUCCAGCCCAGGAGGACACGUAUCUGCAUAUACGGAUUUAUAUGUAUAGAUGCAAAUUUCUAUGAUUUAAAUAGAAAUACUGUGACAGGUAAGCUGCAUGUCAGACAUCGUCCUGUAAAUCAUUUGUUUAUAUCCCACACUUUUCAGUGGAUAUACCUUUCCUAGCUACAAAGGUAUAUAUUUGGAUUUAGUGCACCGAGGCGGCAUCUUACCUGCACAAACUUAAAAUUUACAGUAUGCUCCUGAAUCCCUCCCAUGAAAGGCUGACAAACUUAAGCUUCCUGGGAGAGCUGUUCCAUGAGAUACCUUCACAGGCUUGACGCUCUGUCUGAAGCCUUUGAGAGCUGCUGCCAGUCAGUGUACACGAUACUGAGCUAGAUGGUCUAAUAGUCUGACUCCAUAUAAGGCAGCUUCCAGAAAGGGCCUGCCUGAUUAUUCUGUAGCAGAAAACAGAAGGGUGUUAAGAGUUGCCUGCCCAGUUCCUGCAAGUGUAUUUAUAGAACACUAAGAUAAAAGGUUUUAAAGCUGUUUGUGGUCCUUGUCCUAGGCUGAAGCAAAGGCACAGUUGGAAAAGGAGGUCAUGGAGCUGCUUUCUUGCCGGCCGCCCAUGUUCUGGAUCCCUCUCCGGGCUCACGCCGUCUGGGAAAGAAUGAGCGUCAAACUGGAAUGUACAGUUCUGGCUUCUCCUCUGCCAGAGGUGACUUGGUGAGUGGGCAGAGAUGGAAGAAUUCAGUUUCAAGAGUCCCCUGCAAUUAGGGCUGCGGGUGCGGAAUGUUAUUCAGUCUGCAUUUAAAGGUGACCCUGCUAAAACCACUCUUUUUGCAGAAAUAUGCAAAGGGAAACCCCGUCAUUCUUUUGGCAUUCAUACUUCUCUGAAACUUGAAAUGAAGUUCUCCAGCCAAGUAAAGUGUAUGAAGAUGUAUCUGCUUGGUUAAAGCGUGCACACAAAUGCAUUUAUUAGUGAAAAUGACACAAAAUGCAUUAUAUUAGGAGAGAUGGCUUGCAAAACAAAAUGUUUAUUUUAAAAAAACUGCAUACAGAAAUAUGCUUCUUAGGGGAAAUUGGCACUAAAAUGCUGACAAAUUAUCAUGAGGACUUCUUUCCAUUUCUUAAAAAACCACAAAAUGUCAGGGAAACAUGGAGCACUGAAUUUAAGAUUGGCAAAACGAGAAACUUAGAUAACCAAAAUUUACAGAUUCAUGCAUCCCUACCUGAAAUCUGGCCUUGCUGCUUAUUUUCAUGUCUCUGUGUUUGUUUAUUUGCACCUGACUAGGUAUAAAAAUGGAGUUCGGAUUGACCCUCGUCUGGCUCCAGCGGGGAAAUAUAAGAUGACGAAUGAGUUUGGAAUGCUGACUUUGGACAUCAGCAGGUAACGGACCUGCAUGAAAGCAAGGAAAAGCCAGAUUGUGAUUUAUCUUUACUGAAACAUCAGGUGCCAUUUCUCCUCUGAGAUCUCUGCAGAAUGUCUUAAUAGUCCAACCACAUGUAUUAAAAAUAAGCACGCACUUGUAUAUUAGGAAUUGGGGCUUCCGGACUGAAAGCCGUGUGGCACCCCAACACUUUCAAGAGACUGUGACCCUCCCAGCCUCUUUGUCUAUCCCUUGAGAUUCUCCCUAGGCCACGCCCCAUCCCAAGCCCCUCCCCCUCCCUGGCCCUCCUCUUCACCCUACACAAGUGCCUUUGCCUAGCUGGAACGGGUCCUUGAAGUACAAUGAUGGCUCUUAUUUCCUGGUUGAAGGAUGAAGGUGUGUGUAUAUGUAUAGGUGUACCUUUCACUUUUGUGCGGCUAGAAUACAGCCUAGUCUGCAAAGUUAAGAAUCCCGUCAAUUGCUCUGCCCACCUUUGCCUCUGGCCCCAACCACCACUUGAAUGUGGCCCCCAGAAGGUUCCCCUCAAGAGAUUGUGGCCCUCUGGCUGAAAAAGGCAUCCUAUUCCUGCCCUUGGACCCUGGUCUGGCGCUCAUUGCUGUUGAGGCCUCCUGGGGCCCCCUCAGGGCCAGGUGCUUUUAGCUUCCUCUCUUUCUUUCAGAUGCUCCUUGGAUGAUUCUGCUGAAUACAGUGUAGAAGUGAAAAACGCUUAUGGCGAAGCCUAUUCAUUUGCCACGGUGCUCGUCAGGAGUAAGUGGACGUGGGCAAGGGGGAAGUGAUUUUCUUUGCUCUGUAAAAUGCUUUAGGACUCUCUCAGGAACCUUCCUUGCAGCUUCCCCGUUGCAAAAUGUUUGGGGUUUGUACAUAAUGUUUGUUUCUCAUUUGUGAGGAGAUAAUCUUUUAGCGUGGUAAAAGCUGUGCUUUAGGACUUCCUGCUUAUUGACAUUAGGCAGGUGGCCAUGCUGUAUUGUUUUAGCCUCCUGUGGGAAAACCUGUUUAUUUCAGCAGCCCUAGGACUUGCCGAUCAGAAGGUCGGUGGUUCAAAUCCCUGCGACGGGGUGAGCUCCCGUUGCUCAGUCCCAGCUCCUGCCAACCUAGCAGUUCGAAAGCACGUCAAAGUGCAAGUUGAUAAAUAGGUACCGCUCCGGCGGGAAGGUUAACGGCGUUUCCGUGUGCUGCUCUGGUUUGCCAAAGCAGCUUAGUCAUGCUGGCCACAUGACCCGAAAGCUCCCUCAGCCAAUAAAGUGAGAUGAGCGCCGCAACCCCAGAGUCGGCCAUGACUGGACCUAAUGGUCAGGGGUCCCUUUACUUUACCUUGUUGUUGUUGUUGUUGUUUAGUUGUUUAGUCGUGUCCGACUCUUCGUGACCCCAUGGACCAGAGCAAGCCAGGCACUCCUGUCUUCCACUGCCUCCUGCAGUUUGGUCAAACUCAUGUUCGUAGCUUCGAGAACACUGUCCAACCAUCUCUUCCUCUGUCGUCCCCUUCUCCUCGUGCCCUCAACCUUUCCCAACAUCAGGGUCUUUUCCAGGGAGUCUUCUCUUCUCAUGAGGUGGCCAAAGUAUUGGAGCCUCAGCUUCACGAUCUGUCCUUACUUUACCUAGGCAAUAUAACUGAGUUAUGCAUAUUUGUUUUUAAAAGUUUUACUGGUGUUUAUGUUUCAUAGAAAUUUUUAUUUUGACCUUGUUUUAUUGAUUAUUUAGUUUUUGUUCUAAAUUCUUCCACUUAGAAGCCACCUUGGCAAGUAAGCAGUGUAUAAAUUAAUAAACCAUCAUCAUAAUGAUAAAACAAAAUAUUCGUUCAGGAGCCUGAAGUUCCUUGCAGUAAAAAUGGAAAUGGAAGACUUUCCAUGUGAUGCAAAAUUACGUACCUUAAUCUGCUGUUAUAGCAACGACCCAUUGUAACAGAAGCAACAUAUAAUUUAAUCAUCCACGAUGUUUACCAGAUUGUUUCCUGUGUUUACUUUGGUUCAGGCCCCAUCUGUUCCAUUAUAGAUCCCUUCUGAUAUCAGGAAUCACAAGACAGAGAAACCAGUAGGAGAACACUUCAAUCUCCCAGGACAUUCUAUACAAGAUCUCAAAGUAGCUAUCUUAUUAUAAAAGAAUUUCAGAAAUAGACUGGAAAGAGAAGUUGCUGAAUUGCAACUUAUUACCAAACUUAAAACCAUGGAGAGACCUGGUCUGAAUAGAGACAUUGGAUUCUUAUCUCAUUAUAUAUGAUAAAGCUAUUUUUAGCCAUCUCUCCCCUUGAUUUUUCCUGUAAGACCAAUUGCAGUCGUUAACAGUCGUCAACAGGUUUACCACACCUAUCAGCCAAUCACACAUUUCCACCACCCUUCUGAGUAAUACCCCUCCCCACACUCUCACUAUAUAUAAGGGUCUGGUGACUUCUGUUUCAGUGUAUCUGAAGAAGUGUGCAUGCACACGAAAGCUCAUACCAAUAACUAACUUAGCUGGUCUCUAAGGUGCUACUGGAAGGAAUUUUUUUUUAUUUUGUUUCGAUUAUGGAUCCCUGUAACCCACUGGGAUUUUCCUUUGGUGGUAUAUAGGAAAUUUUCCUCUACAGCUAUGAGGCCGAGACAGUGAGAUCUGCAAGUGACCUCUAAGCACAUUGUGGAGACAUACGGCCUUUCUCUUGGGCAGCCUCCUGGUGCUGUCCAGAUGUUCUGGACUACAGCUCCCAUGAUCCCUGGACAAUGGCCAUGCUGUCUGGAGCUGAUGGGAGUUGCAGUCCAAAGUAUCUGAAGGGCACCUGGUUGGGGGAAAGUUGCUCUAGAUAUCUAAUGUGAGUUAGCAGACCUGCUGCCUUCCGAGAGUGCCUACCUUCACUUAUGCUCUGCCUGUAUACUUCAAAAUAAACAAAACAAUUCAGAACCCUCCAAGGCUUUAGCACCCUCUCAUCCAAAGGAAACCCACCAGAACUGCUUCUGGAAUUCUUCAAUGUUGAUACGAGCAUAGAAAGCUGCCUUAUUCCAAGUCAGCCCAUGGACCCAUCUAGCUCAAGAUUGUUGCUGCACAAACUGUUAGCAGCUCUCCUAGGUUUCAGACAGAGACUGGUCUUUCCCAGCCCUACCUAGAGAAACCAGAGAUUGAACCCAGUCCUUUUGCAUGCAAAACUACUGAGCUAUGACCCUGGGGGAAAUGGGGAAUGUGAACACUGCUUUGGAGGAUCUGCUGAUCAGCUCCUGGGCAUUAUUAUUUAGACUCUGAGAACUGAAAUACAAUUCUAUAAACCAGGAACUGGGAACCUAUGGCCCUCCAGAUGUUGUUGGAUUCCAACUCCAGUCAUCCCUUACCAUUGGUUGUGCUCACUGAGGAUGACCAAUGACUUCUGAAGGGCCACAGAUUGUUCAUCCCAGCUAUAAGUAUAUAUAAUGCCAUUCCGACAAAAGAAGAAUGGCAGACGAAAUUAAUGGACUAUGCAGAAUUGGACAAAAUGACAGGAAGGAUUCGAAACCUGCGGGACCAGAGAUUUACAGAAGAUUGGAAGAAGUAUAUGAAUUAUUUGAAGAGCAACUGUAACCAACAAAUUACGCUAGUAGGACUACAAGAAGUUUUGUAAGGAGAAAUAUAUGAAGUGUUACAAAGUAGAAAAAGAUAGAGAUAUUGGUUAUGAGUUUGAAAUGUAAUAGGGAAAAUAAGAAAAUAAGAAAUGCAUAUUAAGAGAUUAGAUUGGAAAAUUUUCAGACAGGACUGAUGGGAGUCAAAAAAAUUGAAUAAGAUAUAAAGGUAUGUUUAAUUACUGUUGAAAAUGAUAUGUUAAAACACUAAUUAAAAUUUAUAAAAAUAAAAUAAAAAAUAAGUAUAUAUAAUGCCUAUCUCAUCAAUUCCCUUCCUCUCUCUUUUUUUUUUGGUAGAAUAUUAUGGAAAGGAGUCUGGAUUUGACUCAGAGAUAUAUAAAAGUAAGUACAAAACUUUUAUUCUUUUGUGGUUUUCUCUGUAUUGGUUUAGCCUGGCAUGUGACUUCAUAGUACAGUUUGGGGCCAUUUUGUUGCCCAAAUGAUGAGAUGGGAAUACUGGGGAGAAAGCAGUUGCAUAGGUAGCCAGGGGUGGAGGGGGGCACCCAUAGGGCGUCACGGGGCUCUGUAGGGCAGCACGGGGUCUGCAGUGUUUUAAGUUGGCUGCUGUGUGUCAGGGGAGUUUGCAGACACCACUGCAGUUCCUCAGGGGGCUCAACAACUUCGAUUUCCCCCAAAAAAGCUCAACAUCUUUGGUCCGCCCCAGGUGCUGGCAGGGGUUGCUAUGCCACUGGAAGAAUGUCUAAAUGGUGACUGGGAAGCAGGUCUCUGUCUAUUCUGUGGAGAGAGAGAAAGGUUCCUGUUUCAAAUAAGCUUUACUCCAGGGGUUGCCAACCUUUCAGGGCCUGUGGGCACAUUUGGAAUUUUGAGAGUGUGUUGUGAGCACCAGUCACAAAAUGGCUGCCACAGGAUUUGUGGCACAACACAUUUGCUCAUGGAGAGAACCUCUUUGUACUUGUUCAGAAUGGAAGAAGGAGGGUAGGUGCAAGCAAAUCAGGAUGAAUGCUAGAAGCUACAUAACCUCCCUGCAAACAUACCAGAAUGAAUGUUAAAUAAAGUCUGCACACUGUAUAAACUCCAAGUAAGUGUUUUUGUAAGCAAAUCAGGAUAAAUGCUCAAUAAACAAGUUGUCUGGAGGAGCCCUAAAGUGGGUUUAAAAAUAGCAUAGAUAUGAUUGGAGGAGGGGGUUGUAUAGAUGCCCAAUAAAAAUAACGAAUGAGUCAAACACAGCAGUUCCACACUUUCCUUAAACUGGAUGCAAAGAGCAGAGAUUAGCUCCAUGCACUGUCUUCUGCUUGUGAGCUUGGCUGUUUGUGGCAGCCGAAAGCUGCAGACGUCUAGAGAGUUCUAACAGAAAUGGAAAACCGGAGCAGAAAUUGUUACAAUUCACAUGUUCAUUAGAAGUCAGGAAUGGAAAUGGUUGGGGUUUUUGAUCUGCAAACGUGAUGUAAAUAAUUAGUUGUUUUCUGCAUUGUGUUUUACAUUUCACUUCCUCUGAAAUGCAUUUAAAUUAAUUAAUUGCAUCAUUAAUCACACUGGGAUGUGGGUGGCGCUGUGGUCUAAACCACAGAGCCUAGGGCUUGCCGAUCAGAAGGUCGGCGGUUUGAAUCCCCGCGACGGGGUGAGCUCCCGUUGCUCGGUCCCUGCUCCUGCCAACCUAGCAGUUCGAAAGCACGUCAAAGUGCAAGUAAAAAAUAGGUACCGCUCCAGUGGGAAGGUAAACGGCCUUUCUGUGCGCUGCUUUGGUUCACCAGAAGUGGCUUAGUCAUGCUGGCCACAUGACCCGGAAGCUGUACGCCGGCUCCCUCGGCCAAUAAAGCGAGAUGAGCACCGCAACCCCAGAGUUGGCCACAACUGGACCUAAUGGUCAGGAGUCCCUUUACCUUUACCUAAUCACAUUAGUUUUGGCCAUAGGAGAUAGCGAGAUGAUCAAAGUUAGGUUUUAGCAGAAGCUGAACUGUAGCGGAAUGGAAAUAGCACUGAUUGUGAUGAACAGAUCGUCGAAUCAUAGAACUGUAGAAUUGGAAGGGACCACAAGGGUCAUCUAGUCCAACGCCCUGCAAUGCAGGAAUCAUGCCCACAGCUGUCCCUGGGUGGGCUCAGACCACCAACCUUUUGGCUAACAGCCAGAUGCACUGGAUGGAAAUCGCUAUCUCCUUAUAUCUGGCAAGGCCAGAUGCUCUUACCUAACCUCAUCUUCUCUUUUUAGAGUCACUCAGGGACCUGGAAGCUGACUUUGCUAGCACUCUGAGGCCUGUCUUUUCCAGAGAAAAGGAGCCCUUCAUGCUUUGCUGCACUUUUACUUCAGACUUGCAGGAAUACCAACAAGACAUCCGCUGGUUCAGAGAUGGUCUGUAUUUGUAACCCCUCCCCCCAAAAAACACCCCACCAUCCAUGACUAUUGCCAUUUGACAAGUAUUAAGAAAAUCCUGGCCAAAGACAUUUUGUUGUCUGAAGUGGGGCCCCAAUACAGCCAACACUUCGGACCACGGUUGGAAUAAUUUUUCAGCCUGAGGGCCACAUUCCCUUACAGGGAACUUUUUGGGGGCCACAUGGCUCCUGAUGCUACAUACCUGGUUCCUGGUACUACUUACAUGAAAAUUUCUCUUGGGGGAAAGGGGGAAAAGGCACCUGGCUUCUCCCAAAUGAAUGCUGGAAGAAGAGAUUAAAUGAAUUUGGGAAGGAAAUUCUUAAGCAGAUUAUCCAAGAUUGAGUGUUUAUGCAAGAAUACCCUCUGCAUUUAAUUUUCCAUUAACAUUCCCAAAUAGGGCUGGAAUUAUAAUUUCACAUUCUGAAAUUUUGCUACGUUUUAGCUCUGGUAGGAAGCCACCGACCAGGUAAGUCCUCAGUUACCAUCUUUCUCUUGCACUCAGGUGAGUUGCUGAGAGAUUCUGAUCGCCGGCAAAUGAAGUGUGAGGCCCAGGAGGCUUCCCUGACAGUCUCUUGCGCUUACAAAGAAGAUGAAGGGUUUUACAGCAUCCGCAUACCAACAUGUGAUGGGUACAACGAGCAAAGAGCUUAUGUGUUUGUUAGGGGUAGGUGCACUUGUUUGCUGCUGUUUGGUGAUGGCAUUGUUGUAUAAUUGUAAUUUACAAAGGCCCUAAAAUGUCAAUGGUCUGUAUGGAACUAAAAAGAACAUAGGUCCUGCUUAGAGCCUUACAGUCUUUAGGGAGAAAGCAAAAGCAAAACCACAGGUCAGUGGUGAGGAACCUCUUGCCUACAGGCUUAGGUCCAGCAGGUCUUCCCAUUUAGCCCAUGAGGCUGUUUUGGCAAAACCACAUGCACCAGCCCUACACCUGAUGCCAUUGAGGAGGUCAAGUGCAGGGCAGGUAAAGAUGCAUCUGGGCUGAAAGAGGGUUUGCAAGUGCCAGCCAUCAGCUGAACAGUGGCACCUUCACAGCUCCUUGCAUCGUGCUUAGUGAGUGCCAACAAUUAGCUGAUUGUCAGGGCUUGCAAAGAAGAGUUUGGAUUUUGUAAUGGUUCUAGGGGUUGCUCGUGUGUAAGCAGGUGUCUAUCUCCCCGGCUGGGUGCAAACACCUGGGUGGGUUGCCAAAGUGAACCUUUUCUGUCCGGACAGCCACUCACCCGUGGCUGACUCAAUCGCUGGCAGAAUCCGUCAGUGGGCGUUUCUUAAACUUCUUCCAGCACAGAAGCUCUUUGACGCCUAGUCUCCUCCUACUCUCUCUGCGCGAAAGCCUUCUGCGCAAGGAGGGCGUACGCAACGGAGGACCCCUAUUCUCCCUGCUGGUCCCAGGCAAGGAGUCAUGAGACCGCCUCGCCGCUUCCCCCAUCUGCCCCCCUUCUCCACUGGGGCUACGCUGAUUCUCUUCCCCAGAAGAUGGGCUGCUUCUCCCGAUCCCUGGACGCUCUCUGGAAUCCCUCUGGCUUUUGCUCUCUCCCUCCGGCACUGAUGGCAGUUCCCUGACAGAUUUGAUAUCCCGCUUUAUCACUACCCGAAGGAGUCUCAAAGCGGCUAACAUUCUCCUUUCCCUUCCUCCCCCACAACAAACACUCUGUGAGGUGAGUGAGGCUGAUAGACUUCAGAGAAGUGUGACUAGCCCAAGGUCACCCAGCAGCUGCAUGUGGAGGAGCGGGGAAGCGAACCCAGUUCACCAGAUUACGAGUCUACCACUCUUAACCACUACACCACACUGGCUCUCUGUGCAUAAUGCUUUGCAAGCCCUCCUGAUCAGCUGAUUGCCAGGUCUUCCAUGCACAGUGCUAUGCAAAUCCUGACAACCAACUAAUUGUCAGGGUUUACAGAGCGUUGUGUUAAAAAUGAGUCACCGGUUGUCAUUGUGAGAUCUAGUGAAUGGUCCCACCUACCUUUCAGGCUUGCCCUGUGGGUGAAUGGGGGGAGAUAAGGACCCAGUCCACAGGUCGGAUUCAGUUCCACAUACCUACUGUAGAUGAAUUUUGUACAAUGCCUUCUCUAAAACUUGACCAUGCUUUCAAGGGCCAGAAGAUAAACUUGGGAGCCAUUCUAGCUUAUGGGCCAACCUGACCUACAGGAAACCAUCUGAGCAUGGCUUUUUCUUAUCUUUAGAUGCUGAGGCUGAAACUGCUGGAGCUCCUGGGUCACCCCUCAGCGUGCAAUGCCAUGACGUGAAUAGAAACAGUCUCAUACUUUCCUGGAUUACUCCCAGUGAUAAUGGUGGAAGUCCUGUCAUCGGCUAUUACAUUGAGAGGUCUGUCCUCAGAAGCCACAGAUCUGUUAUCUCUUUCUUUCCCAGAUCAUGUUGCACCCAAACUGUAAGGUCCUUCUUUUUCCAGGUGUGAAGCAGGCACAGACGAAUGGGUAUUGUGCAAUGAUAAGCUCGUGAAAGCCUGCAGAUCUCCUGUUUUAGGUCUCACUGAAGGGAAGACAUACCAAUUCCGAGUAAAGGCCGUCAACCGUGCAGGCAUCAGUAACCCAUCGAAGGCCAGCGACCCAGUGACAAUGAUAGACCCAAAUGACAGCAAAAGAGUGCUAAGUACAUUGGGUUUUUAAUUGCUCCAAAACAAUUGCUAUUUUCUUAACAUCCAAGGCAGCCUCCAAGAUCAUAAAACCCACCAGUAAUCCCAAAUAAAACAAUUUUAAUGUUCAAAACACAGAACAAUUACCCUGUGUCAGCAGACUUCAAGAGCGAUAGAUCUGUGCAGGACCACUCAGAGUAAUGUCACAUGUCCUAUCAAAAGUGGCUGGUGGGGGCAGUCAGUGUCCCCCCAAGAAUGCCCUGGGCAAUGGCACUAUGUCACAACAGAGCAUCAUUCCCAGUGAUCCAUUCUGGAAGACAUGUGGAAAUAUCACUGGUCUGCUUUGAAAGCAGCUCAGCAACAUAGUUUUUUCCCCUUGUUUAUGAAACAGAGAGAGAAGACAAAAUCCUCUUCUACUUCUCUUCCACCUCGUCUUAUUUCUAAGCCCCCCUGACAAAAAUUAACACAUUUUAAACAACUCCCUAAGAUUAUUUCCAUACCCCAAAAGUGACCAGGGAAAAAAUCUAGGCUGAUUAUUCUGGCCCGGCCUAAAACAAGAAGAACAAAAAGACUAGCAGCUGCAACACUUUGCAUACAAGACUCCACUGUAGUUCAAAAUGGUGACAGUAAGGAAAGGGGGGACUUCUCCCAACUUCAGGUCCCUUAAACCAAGGGUAUCCAAAGUGGUACCCUCCAGGUGUUGUUGGACUUCACUUCCCAUCAUCCCUGACCACUGACCAUGCUGGCUGAGGCUGAUGGGAGCAGGAGCCUACCAAAAUCUGGAGGGUGCCAUGUUGACUGUCUCUGAAGAAUUCUGCCCCCUUGCAGUUUAGAAGACCCCAGGGGAGCAGAAUUGGUCUUGGAGGAUGCUCUCAUCAGGCAUGCAUCCUCUGAACCCUGUUCCCUAUUCCUCACCAUGUAGGCUCCCACACCCACCAAUUUAGCCUAGCACAAGCUUAACACAAGGCUGCAUGAUUGUUUUGGAAGCUGAAGAGCAAGGGCACAAGCUUCAGCCUUCUAGCUUCUAUACCAGAGCUUUCCAAACUGUGUAUUGUGACACAUUAGUGUGUCAGCUGCAGUGUGUAGGUGCGUCGCACGAAUGCUCACCACACUCGUCCCGGGGCUGGAAAGGGGUUAGUUUAACCUCCGGUUUGCUAAUAAAGCUUAACUACUGUGUUGCAAAAUGAUGCAAAACUGAAUUAUUGUGUCACGAAAUGAUGCAUGUCUAAAAGGUCUGUCACCACCAUGAAAAGUUUGGAAAGCUCUGUUCUAUACCAUCAUUGGAUGGUUGCUUAAGAGCUUUGGGACCAACUCAUCCACUGUGCUCAAGACUAACCCCCACUAUGGAUUGAAGGCCACUAAGAGAGGCACACGCUCACAUAUAUGGGGGCAAGUCAGUUCCCAGCCACAGCCCCCUAGUCAAGCCAGGUAGCAUCCUGGCCAUUCCCCGCCCCCCAAACUCAAUUUGUAAUUCUUUUCACGAUUCCCCACUUGUCCCCAUCUCUUUCUCUUUCCUUCUCUGCUCCCUGUCUAGAUAUCCCUUAUGAUGACGGAUUUAGGACAAUUACAGUUUCCAAAGAUGAACUGGAACGUAAGUUCACAUGUGACCUUUGUCUUUUUCCCCACCAAUAAUUAAUGUCGUGCCUGAGAACUUCUUUAUAUAUCUAACAAUCACUUAGGAGUUUAGCAGACUAGAAAUGCCCAAAUAACUAUAUUUUGCUCAAAAUGGAAGUGGCUCUGAAUGGGCAUUUCUGCUAAACAAGGGGGUUCUCCAAAAACAUUUACUUUCCUUGAUUUCUCUGUAUUUUAAAUACCUCAGGAGCCCUAGGUCCUAGAAGUGGGGCGUGUGGUUGGGUGACACUGCAGAGCUGCCCUCCCCAUCGCUGUUACUUAACUGGAUGGUGCUGGAGGGGGGUGAGGGGGCUGCAUGAAUGCACUUGGGGCCGGCCCAUGCAUGAGGUGAGACAGUUGCCUCAGGCAGGAGAUGCAGGCUUUAAGAAGUGUGCCACUCACUGUCUCCUGCCACCUCCACCACCUCCACCUUCUUUUACUCCCUCACCACAUUCAACACACUGGGGCUGCCCUAGGCCACCUCCAGGCACCUGAGGAGGGAGCACAGAGAAGGAGAUAGUGACGGGGGGCUGCUGAGAAGGAGGAGAACAUUUUCAUUUUUUGCCUCAAGAGGCAAAACCUCCUGGGCUGGCCCUGGACGCAGCAAUUGAACUUUAACCACUGCCCUAUCCCACCCAUGUCUAGCAGCAAUGCUGGUGGCAGAGUUGAGGUACCAUUGCUGCUGUCUCCUUUGAAAAACAUUGGGCGUUGGAACAGAAUGAAAAUUAUAUCCAUGGGGUCUGAUCAGUGGUGGCUAGGGAUGGAAGGAUCUGUCGAUUUCAUUUCUGCAAGUCUCUCAUUUUUCUUCAAUUCAGUUCCGCAAGUUUCUGCAGAAAUUGCCAGGGGUGUUUGUUUCAUUUUUUGAAUUUGCAGGUUUUCCUGAAAAAAUCUCCAGCAUUUUAGUUUUAAAUUUCUCCUAUCUGCAGUUUUGACUGAUGUGCACACUUUUGCAAGCAACUUCUCAUAUAAUGCAUUUUCACCAUUUUCCCCUAAUAUGUGCAUUUUUGCAAAUAUUUGGUUGGAGAAUUCCAUUGCAAAGUUCAGAUAAGUUCAAAGUUCAAAGUUUUUUGAAAUCUGGCUGUGUUUCAGUUCUCAUAAUGUUUCAGAUGUGCGAAUUUGAUAAAUUUGGCUUCAAACAUGAAUUUCUAGUUAUACUUCUCAUCAGCUAUUUUGGGGGCUGCUCCAUCUGGUGACUUUUAUCCAUCUGGCUCUUAAUUGGUCUUCCUUGCAAACCCUUUUCUAUUCCAAAUUAAAUUGCUGAAAGGUUGGCUUGUUGUUUUUCUCCCACAGCCAAGAUCAAAGUCCCUUUGCCACCCACCAAUGUUCAUGCCAGUGAGAUCAGGGAAGAAUAUGUUGUCCUCUCUUGGGAUGAACCAGACCCUAGAGGCAAAGAGCCACUGAGUUACUUUGUUGAAAAGGUAAGGACACAGAGAGCAUACAAGAAGCACCAUCUGUUAGUUGCUAAGGAUGCUGGAGAAGUCCAUCGGAAAUGGGAGUAGAAAUUGCCGGUGUUCCCUAAUUCAGCCCAUGUCUGGAACGAAAACCAACCCAGCGAAUGCAAUCAGUAGCACUGCUCUUGCGCUUUUCAGCCUCAAACAAUACCCAACAAUACAUCAUUUAUGACUCCCCUGUCCACCCACCCACCCUCAAUGUGUAUUGCAUUUCCUUUGCGCUGUAAUGAAUGAUGUGCAAUAAUGUAAUGGAAAGUGAUUAAUUAAUUGUUUGAUUGAUUGCAUAACAUUUCACCACAGAGGACAGCAAGAUGUUAUUUUUGUUGGAAGCUGAACUGCAGCAGAAUGGAAACGGUGUUGUAUCUGGCAAAUACAGGACAGAACUGAAGUCAGUGCCGUCCUACAUUCCUGUUAGUUGCUUCAAAGAUCUUGUGAAGAUCUCUCUAUAUUUUUGCCCCAGCUUUUCCCUGACCUAUAGGAUUUGACUCUGUUAUUUCUGUAUUUCUCUCUUAACUAUUCCUGUUUUCAUAACGUUCUUCUACUGUUUCGAUUAUAGUGUUGUUUUUAUGCUACUUUUGUAUACCACCGUGGAUUUUUUUAAAAAAUGGCCUAGAAUGGCUUUUCAAUUAAUUAAUAAAAUUAAUUAGAAAUGGGCAAGGGCUUCCAAGUGUGCCAUGGAUUAACUCAGAAAUUAUUCAAAUUGUUCAACCCCCCAAAUUGCAAGAACUUGGGUAAUUUUUCCAAGCUACUCUCUCAUCUCCUUAGACGCCUUUGACUGGACUUAACCAUCCAGGGAGCCUUUACCUUUACCUUACUUAUAUGUCACUUUGUUGUGCUGAGUGCAAAAGUAGCAGCUUUUAUGAUACCUGCAGCUUCCCAGAGGCAUCUGGUUGGCCACCGUGAGAACAGGACUAGAUGGGCCUUUUGAUCUGAUCCAGCUCCAAGUGCUCCAAGCCAGGGGAAGGACAGUAGCUCAGUCACAGAGCAGCUGCUUUCCAUGCAAAAGGUCACAGGUUCAAUCCCCAAGCACUCCCAGGUAGGGCUGGGGAUAUCCCCUGCCUAAAACCCCUGCCAGUCAGUGCGGACAAUGCUGAGCUAUAUCAGGGGUCAGCAAACUUUUUCAGCAGGGGGCUGGUCCACUGUCCCUCAGACCUUGUGGGGGGCCGGACUAUAUUUUGGGACCCAAGUACCAAGAGCACCUUCCCAAGUCUCAACCAUCUUGGAUCCUACGAUCAGUAGGAGAGGCUUUGAUAGUGGUCCCACCACUGGAGGCUGCCCUGUUGGCAAUGAAUAAUAAUAAUGCCCCACCCAUCUGGCUGGGUUUUCCCAGUCACUUUGGGUGGUUUACAGCAUAUCUGAAAACAUAACAUCAAGCAUUACAGGGCUGCCUUCAGAUGUCUUCUAAAACUUGUGUAAUUCUUUAUCUCCUGAUGGGUCCUUUUCAGUGGUGGCUCCCCAUUUGCAGAAUGCCCUCUCUCUGCCUCCUUCACUACUGACUUUCAGGAGAAAUCUGAAAACCUUCCUGCUUGCCCAGGCAGUGGAUGGCAGAAAUGCACAGUUCCUGGCAACCCCGAGGUCACUGGCUGAGUUAAUGUUUUUAAAAUGUUUCAAAUGUUUUAUCACUAUGGUGUCUGCUGCCCUGGGCUCCUUCGGGAGGAAGAGUCGUAUAUAAAUCAGAUAAACAACAUUAAUAAUAAUCCUUUAUCCUUGUAGCGCUACUGUCUCUAGUUUAUAGCAAUUAGACACUGAUAAAUCACCCUUCCUAUCUUCUCAGUCGAUAGCAGGCAGCGACAGCUGGCAGAUGGCUAAUCUGGACACCCCAGUGAAUUCCACAACAUUCACUGUCUUUGAUCUGAACAAAGGGAAGUCCUAUUGCUUCCGAGUGCGGUCUGUAAACAAGUAUGGAGUGAGCGAGCCUUCCUUGCCCAGUGAGCCCAUCUCUUCUGGAGAAAAAAUAGGUAAUCUUUUUUUUUAAUGGAAUCGUUUCAGCGCACAUUUCUCCUGAUGUACCUUGAUACAGUUUUGCUUGCACACAUUUUACAAGCAAUUUCUCUGAAUAUAAAACAUGUUAAUUUCACUAGUACAAUGGUACCUCGGGUUACAUACGCUUCAGGUUACAUACGCUUCAAGUUACAGACUCCGCUAACCCAGAAAUAGUGCUUCAGGUUAAGAACUUUGCUUCAGGAUGAGAACAGAAAUCGUGCUCCGGCGGCGCAGCAGCAGCAGGAGGCCCCAUUAGCUAAAGUGGUGCUUCAGGUUAAGAACAGUUUCAGGUUAAGUACAGACCUCCUGAACGAAUUAAGUACUUAACCUGAGGUACCACUGUAUAUGCAUCUUUACACACACUUUCUUCUAAUAUACACUUCUUUACACACGUUGGUUAGAGAACUUCAUUGCAAAAUUUGGAGAAGGGUGAAUUUCAAAGGUUAGUUGUAUAUCAGUUCGCAGAUUGCUUCGGGAAAUGCAAAUUAGGUGGGCUUGCAUUAAAAUGUGAACCAAACCCAAUUUCUUCCCCAUCCCUACCCGUGGUUGAUAGCAAUAACACCCAACUUGAACCUGGAAGGAGCUAUAAUAGGCUCCCAAUAGCUGCUGUUCUUUGGUGAGUCCAUCCCUCUUCUUUUUCCUUCUUCAGCUCCCCUCCCACCUCCAUCCCAGGUGCUGACCUUCAGAGACACAAACACUUCUGUUUUCCUGAAGUGGAGCAAGCCAAAGGAGGGCCAGGAACCACUUGGCUAUUAUAUAUAUUGCCGGGAGGUUGGGACAGAUGAAUGGCAAACGGUCAACAAUAAACCCGUCACAUGUAAUGAGUAAGUUGGUAAAGCAAUUUGGUAUCUCUCCCUGCAUCUUCUCUCUGACCUUCUUUGAGGGCAUGGGCUGGAUCCCAUCACCCAGCUCUGAGAUUUGAAACAGGGGAGGGGGAAAUUCCAUUUGUUUGUACUAUUUUAUGACGUUAUUGGUUUGGAUACAGACAGGUAAGUUAGCUAAACUGAGGUCCCAUUGAAAUCAAUAAUGAAAGGCAAAUUAUGACUUAUUUGGAAGUCCCUUUUAUCUCAAUGGGAUCUAACUGUAACUAGUGUACAGGGCAAUCCUGUGCAUGUCUAUUCAGAAGUAAGUUUCACUGUGUUCAUUGGGAGAUAUUCAAGUCACUGUGAUUCAUAGAAUCAUAAGAGUUGUAGAGUUGGAAGGGUCAUCUAGUCCAACGCCUGCAAUGCAAAACUCUCAGCUAAAGCAUCCAUGAUAGAUGGCCAUCCUACCUCUGCUUAAAAACCUCCAAAUAAGGAGAGUCGACAACCUCCUGAGGAAGUCCAUUCCACUGUCAAUCAGCUCUUGCAGUCAAAAAGCUUUUCGUGAUGUUUAGUUGGAAUCUCCUUUCUUGCAACUUGAAGCCCUUGGUUCAAGUCCUACCCUCCAAAGCAGGAGAAAACAAGCUUGCGCCAUCUUCCAUGUAAAGGCGGCGCAGUGGCUGCAGGAGUCCACCUCCCCCUUAGCUGCAGGGCGAUGUGGUGCCUGCAGACACUUGAGCCACCACAUCACUCUCAGGAGAGACAUGUGGCCCAGGCACACUGCAGGCCCCAUGGUAAAUGCCGCCCCCCUGGAUAAGUGGCACUGAGUGUGCCCCACUCCUCCCCCUGCCCCCCUAGCUACACUGCUGACCCCUAGAUCACUUUCACAUGUACUACUAGUAAGCCAGGUGUCCCCCAUCUUAUAUUUGUGCAGCUGGUUCUUCCUGCUUAAGUGCAGAACCUUACAUUUAUCCCUAUUUGACUUCAUUUUGUUAGCUUGGGCCUAGUUCUCCAAUCAGCUAGUCAUUUUGAAUUCACUAGGAGCAGCUCCAGAAACUCUUUUUAUUUCAUAAUCGUGAUUACAGUCAUACGUCGGGUUACAGAUGCUUUGGGUUGCACACUGCGCCUAACCCAGAAGUACUGGAAUGAGUUACUUCUGGGUUUCGGCACUUGCGCAUGUGCAGAAGCUCCGAAUUGUGACCUGCGUGUGUGCAGACGUGGUGCUGCGGGUUGCGAAUGUGCUUCCCGCACAGAUCACGUUCGCAACCUGAGCGUCCACUGUACUUAUAUUCAUGGUGGUUAUGUGCGAUUCUGCUUUCAGCAUCGUUUGUGUCUGCAAAUGUUAAUAAAUAAAUAAAUAGGCUGAACACUGCAAGCACUUUUACAUUCUGAGUUUGGAAGGUGACUUGUAAGGUGCUAAGAAAUGACCAUGCAGGGGCGAUUUCAAUUGUUUAUCAGGUUCACCGUUCCAGGGCUCAAAACAGGCAAAGAGUACGUCUUCUGUGUGAAAUGUGUCAAUGAAGCUGGCGUGGGUGACAGCUCCCCUGAAUCAGAUGCCAUCAUUGUGAGGCAGGCUAUCUGUAAGUAUUGUUUUGGGGUGGGCAGAUCUAUCCAUUUUUGUCCUCUAGCUUUCUCAAUUUUCCUACUUUAAACUCAGUUCUCUGCAUUUCUGUAGGAACAUGCAUUUUUUUAAAGAAAAGAAAAGAAAAUUCCUCUGAAAAUUCAUUGGCAUUUUAGUGUGAAUUUCUUUUGUAUGCAGCUUUGACUAAUAUAAACAUCUUUUGCAAGCAGUUUCCCCUAAUACAAUGCGUGUGUGUGUGUGUGUGUGUGUGUGUUAUUUUCACUAAAAUGUGCAUUUUUAUGCACAUUUCAGCCUGAUAUGUCACAUUUCAGCCACCUUUGUGCAUAUUGUUUGGUUGGAGAACUGCUUUGCAAAAUUAGGGGAACUGCAAAUUUUGAAGGAUAGUUGUGUUUUAGUUCAUGAAUUGGUUUGAGAAGCAUGAAUUAGGUCCUUUCUCCUUAAAAGGUAAACCAAUUCGAAUUUCUCUUAGUUAUGGCGUACACAUUAUCCCCUGAAACCACCAAAACUUGAGAGGGAAGCUGCAUGCCGAUCAGAUUCUAAACCUUCAUUGUCCUUUAAUUUAUUUCCUGCAUAGCUUGUCCAUCAGCCCCGCGGGCCUUUGCCUUGCUGAGUUGCGGGAAAGACAACAUGACCAUUGCUUGGAAGCCUCCCAAACGCAAAGGAGGCACAACAAUCCUGGGCUAUUUCCUGGAUCAACAUGAUGUGUCGCAGAUUGAAUGGCACGAGAUCAACGUUAAGCCAAUCGCUCAGCGUGUUUACACGGUAUGGGUGUUUGUGCCAUUAGUUUGCCUCUGAAGAAAUAAGUAAAUAAAUUACGAUCCCUUUUAGGCAAGACUUUCACUCUCUUUCGAUUCUGUAGGUCACCAGCCUGGAUGAAGGGCACUUCUAUGAGUUCCGUGGUUAUGCAAUGAAUGUGGUUGGUGUUGGGAAGGUGUCAGAACCCAGUGACAUAUUCAAGUGCGAGGAGUGGGCCAUGCCAGAGCCAGGUAAAAGUCAAUGCCAGGCCUUGAGACUGAUUGCUGUCUUCACACACCCAUUUACUGCGCACUGUCUGCAUUUCCAGUGCUGGGUUUUAAAAUCUGUGGUCUCACAACGUGAUCCCAAAUGCGUACACACCCUGUACUUUGCUACAACUCCUAUCUGAUGGGUUAUGCCUCAAACCAGCUUCACACCAAUUAAGAGUCCCAAAGCUCUUCUUAAAUUGUACCAUCAGGUAAAAGCAUCUUGCCCAGUCUCACCUUGGAACUUAAAACAGCAGGAGAAGAAUGCCUGGCCAGGAAGGUCUGGGCUUUAGGACAAUUGUGAGGUUGUUCAGCAACCAAACUCACAGCUGAUGAGUCCCAAGCAGAUGGAAUGGUGGUCUAACUAUGCCCCCUCCUGCCCUGGCAGGUGUGUGGGGGAAUGUAUGUCCAUGGAUUCAACUUUACAAUUCUAUGGUUCUAUGAUUCUAUGAAAUUAAGGGGCCUGUGUGCUCCUUGCCCCUGUUUUCCCACCUUCUCAUUUGCGCAUACUUUGAAAUUUCAUCUGCCCUUGAAACAGGACCUCCCUAUGAUGUCAGGUGUACAGAAGUGAGAGACACAUCUCUGAUGCUUCACUGGGAGCCACCUGUGUAUACUGGAGCAGGCCCUGUCACUGGCUACUACGUGGAUGCCUGUGAGGAGGGAUCAGACACGUGGGAACAACUGAACAAGCAGCCAAUAUCCAGCACACACAUGAAGGUCUUUCUCUUGUAUUUCCUGUGGCUUUUACAUCUGCAUUACAGCUGUCGUUGCUCCUCUGACGCCAAGGUCCACUGAAGCCUGCAGGCUGAAUCCAGCCCAUGAAGCCAGUUCUAGUGUACCACCAGCCCUCUUGCCACAAUUGGUAGUCAGAGAGUAACGCUCUCUUCUUACCUUGGAAAAAAAUAUCUCUUCUUCCUACUGCACAAACCCCAGGGAUGGUGUGUCCCAUUUGAGGCGAUCAGAAAUUUGUCCUGCCACUGCCGCCACUCCUGCCACCACCACGUCUGCUGCUGUUGCCACAACUUACGCCACCAACUUGGCCUCUACCACACGCCCUGCUGCAUUCACCGCUGGCAGAUUGCACCAAUUUGGGGUGAGAUAUCACCCAAAAUUGUGUGAGAUAUUGUGCGCUCUGCAAGUUCUCACACGGUUUCAGGUGAGAUCUCACCCAAACUGGAUGCAAUCUUGUCUGAAAUCAAUGCCAAUGGUGGUGGCGCUUAUCUGCCACUGGCGGAGGUGGCAGGGCACCCAUGGGGGUGCUGCCUCGGGCUUCUUCUGCCUGAGGCAGUGGUCUCACUCUGCCUAAUGGCUGGGCCGGUUCUGAUGGCCCCAUUACAAUAAGUCCUAGAGAUUUCAGAAAAACUCUAAAAACUUCUUCCAGUGGUGCUGUUCCACCCCACAGCAGUGCUGGGCCAGUGGAGGGAAACUACUGUUUUUCCACCACAUAGCAGCAUAGAGAUAAGAGAAGAAUAUCUCCUAUUUUAGGAGGAAAUGCUCUCUGCCCAUGUGUGUGUGUGUACCCAUGCCCUCCUCUGACAUGUUAUCUCUGACUGUUACCAAAGGAAAAAGGAACGGGGAGGGGAAAUGAAAGCAAGUACUGGAGUUUCUGCACCUCUGGCAAGUUACCUCUGACUAUUACCUGCUUUUUUUCUUACAUUUUUCUUGAUAGCUGUCAGAUCUGGAGACAGGAAAGUGCUAUAUUUUUCGAGUGCGGGCCCUGAAUAAGGCAGGAGUUGGCCCACCAUCCUUGCCAUCAGAUCCUGUGGUAGUAAAAACCAAACCAGGUACAAAGCUUCUGCCUCUGCCCUCCUCUUCCUCUUCCUCUCCCUUUCUUCUCUCAACCUUUUUUAUUAUUUCCACAUUUCUUCACAAAAGUCCACAUUUCCUGCAUUGGAGAAAGAUUAGGUCAGUAGACUGGGGGUGGUGGGAACUGUAGUCCAAGACCUCAGGAGGGCAUCAGGCCAGGGAAGGUAGACCUUUCAUCAGAAAUCUUAAUGCCAUUAUACAAAUAUAUCGUGUGACGGCCUUUGGUAUACUGUGUACCAUUCUGUUCACCUCGCCUCAAAAACAAGAAGGAUAUUGUAGAGUUGGAAAAAGGAAAAGCAACCAAAUGAUGGAGUGACUCCCUUAUGAAGCAAGGCUGCAGUUUUUGGGACCUUUUUGUUUAGAAAACAGCAGAGUAAGUGAUGACAUGAUAGACGUUUAUGGAGAAAGUGGAUAGAUAAAGGUUUUUCUCCCACACAGCUCUAGAACUCAUGGGCAUCCAAUGAAGCUAAAUGUUGGAAUAUGCAGGACAGAUAGUCAAACUAUUGGAACUUGCUCCCAAAGGAGGCAGUGAUGGCCAGCAACUUGGAUGGCUUUAAAAGAGGGUUGGACAAAUUCAUGGAAGACAAGUUUACCAGUGGCUACCAGUCAUGAUGCGGGUGGCGCUGUAGGUUAAACCACAGAGCCUAGGACUUGCCGAUCAGAAGGUCGGCGGUUCGAAUCCCCGUGACGGGGUGAACUCCCAUUGCUCAGUCCCAGCUCCUGCCAACCUAGCAGUUCGAAAGCACCUCAAAGUACAAGUAGAUAAAUAGGUACCGCUCCGGCAGGAAGGUAAACGGCAUUUCCGUGCCACUCUGGUUCGCCAGAAGCGGCUUAGUCAUGCUGGCCACAUGACCCGGAAGCUGUAUGCCGGCUCCCUCGGCCAAUAAAGUGAGAUGAGCGCCACGAUGAGUCGGUCACGACUGGACUUAAUGGUCAGGGGUCCCUUUACCUUUACCAGUCAUGGUGGCGGUGCUGUUCCUCCAGAGUCAAAGGCAGCAUGCUUCUGAAUACCAGUUGCUAGGAAUUGCAGUUGGGCAUCGCUCCUGUCCAUCUUGCCAGCUUCCCUUAGGCAUCUGGUUGGCCAGUAUGAGUACAGGAUGUUGAACUAGAUGGGUCAUUUACCUAAUCCAGCAGGCUCCUCUUAUGUAAUGGCAUUAGGCAAGGAGAAAAGGUGAUGAACAUUGUGGUUCAUUUCACUGUGUUGAAAAAUUAAAUUAUUUUUUUCUUUUAAUUUGCAGGCACAAAAGAAAUUGAAGUUGGGGUGGAUGAAGAAGGAUUCAUCUAUAUGGCCUUUGAGGCUCCAGAAAUGGUUGACACCUCAGAGUUUAUCUGGUCUAAGGAUUAUGAAGGGCCACCAAAUCCUGACAGGGUCGAGGUUGUAAACAAAGAUGAUAAGUAAGCUCGCAGUGUUGCCAGUUUUUAAUUAGGUGUGCUUUUGUGCCAUUAAAGGACACCCAAAGUACAGGACCCUGAGAACAACUACAGCUGCAUAGAUAUGUCUUAAUUUGUGUGUUUGCAUUUUCUUUUCUUUUAAGAUCUAAACUCAUUUUGAAAUAUGCCACUGAAAGAGAUCUGGGGACUUACUCAGUAGAAGUAACAGACACUGAUGAAGACAUCUCUGCCAGUCAUCUUUUAACCCAGGAAGGUAAAUAAUCCAUCCUUACAGGAUUAAAAAAAUAUAUAUAUAGCUAAUUCUGCCUGAUUGGAGGCUCAGAUAUAAAUUCCUCCCAAGUUGCUAGGUUUGAAAUUGUGCGUCCUCUGUGCUCCAUCCUCAAAUGUGCCUGAAAGAGGUUGGGGUGGGCAGGUUCUAUUCUGCAAGACUUUCCUUUUUCACAAGGACAAGAGGUCUCAGUGCAGAUUGGUGAAUGUUUUCUUCCUGCACCUUGGAAUGUUGGAGAAUUCUGACAAAAAUGAGAAAGGGAGCAGAAAUAGUGUGUGCUCUUCUAUGGUCAUGAAUGGAAUCAGUCAAGUGAAUGCAACCAGUAUUCAUUUACAACGUUGUUCUUUUUAAGUCCUCAAGCAGUAUGGCAUGAGGGGUUUGUAAACACUGAAAUGAAGAUAAAGUAUAUAAGCAACUUAACUAGUUAUGUAACAUAUGUUAUAUACCGGACAGUGAGACAAAUACUGUAGUAUCUGACAGAAACUGAGCUGCAGCAAAAGAGAAACAGCGCUGAUCUAGAGGAAUAUAGGUCAGAAUAGAAAUUGCUGCCUUCUUACAUCCUCUACCUCCACAAAGAUGUCUCCUCAAGCAAAAUCCAAUCAAGUCUCCACCACAUGGUUACUUUGGUUUCAUUCACAUCAUCCUCUAAGAGGAACCUUGCACAACUUGUGAUCCACCAACCCAAACUAAGCUGAGCAGCCAUGAAAGGCAGCCCACAAAAGGGGGCCGGCACUUUACCUCCUGACACCCAACAGGCCACUGUAUGUGGCAGGCAAACUUUACAUGACUUGGUGGGUUCCAGGUUACCCAGUCUAAGGCAAUGCAGUCAGAGGGAACCAAUGUCAUUGUGGGGGCAUUGCGCUCAAGCACCCCAGACUAGGUGUACAGAACCUCUAGCCCAUGAGCUGAAUGAGGCUCUCCUGGCCUGCCUAUCCCUUGGGGACUCAUGCCUGGCCUGGCCAGGGCCAUCUCUCAGACCACCCAUUGCUGUGUGCUACCCUUGAGUGUUUUCUAUUAGUUACUGAAUCGGCUCCUUCCCAAGGCUGUCUCAAAAGUUCUACCUCCCAUUUAUUCAGCACAGUAGAAAUUUGGCAACUGAACCAAAGCACCAGCACCCAAUGGGGAAAGGGUUGGGAUGUGCAUCGCUCCUUCUCUUAAGUCUAAGGCCUAGUUCUGUUCAUUGCAUUUUUUUUCCAGAACUGGACAAGCUGCGGAAGAUCAGCCAGGAGAUCCGCAACCCCUGUAAGUUGCUGUUUUUUAAAAAUGAUAUGUAACUUUGCCGCUACAAACAGUGACCAAGGUUGAUUAACCAACACAAGGGUAAAAAUACAGUGGUACCUUGGGUUACAAACACCUUGGGUUAUAAACACUUCAGGUUACAGACUACUACAGAAGUAGUACCUCAGGUUAAGAACUUUACCUCAGGAUGAGAACAGAAAUCAUGUGGCGGCAGCAGGAGGCCCCAUUAGCUAAAGUGGUACCUCAGGUUAAGAACAGUUUCAGAUUAAGAACAGACCUCCGGAACGAAUUAAGUUUGUAACCAGAGGUACCACUGUAAUUAAAAUUUAAAAUAGAUAAUAAUAAAUAACUCCUAGUGGUUUUUGUGUAUAUUUUUGUAUAUUUUCUGUUUGUACGUUUUAUAUCAGCCUUCAGCAACCAGGCAAGCUUGUUUUAGGUGUGUUGUGUAGGCCCAGUUUGCACAGAAAGCCAAGCCAAACCAGGGCUAAGGGUGAAUGCAUACAGGCAUCUACUUUUGGCCACUUUCCUCCUCUGCCACCCUAUCUGGAACCAAGCCAUGGUUUAGUUUAGCAUUGUGGUCAAACCCAGAAUCGGUUUUGCUCCAAACCACAAGCUGUAACCAAGGUUUGUUCUUCACUUACUGCACAUGGUUUGUCUGGAGGAGAUGAACAUAAUGCUAAGUCAAAAGUGUUUUACUAUGAGUAUUCACACCCUUGGGCAUUGGUUUUGCCAUGGAUUGGCAUAGUGUUAAAGGAAAAUCAGACCACAUAAUUAUGGGGUUGGUUGUUGUUUUUUACAUUUUGUAAGCCUCCCAAGGAGUUCAGCAAUAAGCCUUAAUCCAUCAAAUGUUGCUAGUUCAAAGUGAACUCCACUCUUCACCCUCAGAUUCCAAUAACCUGUCACAUCUUCUUCUGUUCCUUUCAGUAAUUGACCUGAUAUCCGGAUGGAACAUCGAUGUUCUGGAGAAAGGGGAGGUGCGGCUGUGGCUGGAGGUUGAGAAGCUCUCCCCAGAGGCAGAGCUGCACUUGAUUUUCAAUGGAAAGGAGCUUUCAAGCACUCCAGUGAGUUUCCCAUCAUUUGCUUUACAACAAGGGUGAGGAACCGCUGCCCUGUGGCCAAUCUGGGAUCCAGUUUGGCCCAUGAUGCCAUUUCCCCCAAACCUGUCACUCAACGGAUGUCACUUGGUGAUGUCAGCUGAUGGGCAGAGGAGUGAGGUUCAGGUCUGCAUUGGCAUUGCACCAAGAAACUGGGGCAAGCAUCCAAUAAAGCAUAAUUUAACACACACACACACCCCAGCUUAUUAGCUGAUGAGGCUGUUAAAUCCUGCUCAGUUUUGCCAUGUAAAACAUUUCCUUGUGGGGAAUUGGUGUCUGCAGACAUUUCAGCAGAAACACACACACACACACACACACACACACACACUCAUCUGCUGAUGAGUUUCCCUCAGAUGCAAUGGAAGAGGUUGUUCCAUUGGAAAGAUGCUGACAGUCUAGCCACCUUCUGUAUGAAAAAUGAAAAAUGGAGACGGCUCCAUCUUGUAUUUCUCAGGCGACAAAAUGUCUUGGGGCAAUUCUGCUCCUAAGAAUCCCUUCCUGCUUGCUCCCUUCUUGCUUUCUGGAUGCUACAAACCCCAUUUCUCAAUUCUGAAGUCUUUGGAGUAGUGAGCCAAUAUAAAUAAAUGGUUCCUUCUUAGUCUCAUGGUUGUCUUUUGCUGUGAUUUUAGUGGGAUUUUAAAAUGCUUUGUUCCGUUCCUUACUUGCCAUGUUCUCCUUUGCUAACAACUUAUUUUUGCUUGUGUUUCUGUUCCUUGUUGUUUACAUUUAGACACAUAAGAUCAAUUUUGACAAAGCAAAAGGCCUUGUGGAACUGAUCAUCCAAGACUUCUCUGAGGACGACAAGGGGACAUACACUGCCAAGCUGAAAGACGGAAAAGCUGAAAACCAGUUUACUUUGGCUCUGGUUGGGGACGGUAUGUGGAGGGUCAGGAAGCAAAAGGAGGCAGCUGCAAAUGUCUCUUGUGACUGUGGGUCCAGUGUAACUUUUAGGCAGCCUUCCCCAACCUGGUUUGGACUACACUUCCCAUCAGCCCCAGCCAGCCCAGGCCAGGGGUAGGUGAGACUGAUUAGAACUGUGGUUCAAAACAGUUGGAGGACACCAGGUUAGGGAAGGCUGCUUUUAAAUGUUCAGGAAGUGUCUGAACUUGAUGCAGUGUUUAGGGAACAGCUCUUAAACAGUUGGGGUUUUUUUUAAAAAAAUCAAUCACAAAGCUAUGGCAAUGUGGUGAAUCACACUUAAGAUUGGAAAAAUUAGAAAUUGAGACAAACUGAAAUGGAAAGGUUCUUCCAUCCCUACCACCCACGGGCAAGUGUCAUUACUUUCUCUUGUCUCGCAGUCAGUCUCCCACCUUCACUCCGUAUUUGUGCCCUUGGGUCUUGAAAACCUAGUAGAUCUACUGGAAAACCUAGUAGAUCAACACAUCUGGGGAAGUUACUCAUCUUAGCACAGUGUUAAACAUCCAACAUCAUGAAUCAAGAUAUCUUGGCUUGCCAUCACAUGCUAAUCCGAUGGUGUAUUUAUUCUUCCAGAUUUUGAUAAACUUAAAGCAGAGGCUGAUGCCAAGAAGAGAGAAUGGAAGAGAAAGCAUGGUAAGAUAUCCUUGCAGUCAGUGGCUAUAUGCCUGGCUUGAGAAGCUGUGUUUGUGGCAAAAGGGGUCACCCAUAAAAUGCACCUGGGAUGGGGAGGUGGGGGAACAAUGCUGUGAUACCAAAUGGCAUUUGUUGACAUGGGGCAAAGUAGGUCACGGUUACAGGUAGAGGAGCUGAAAAGUUAGCAAGAGUUUUGAACAGUGUGUUGUACUUUAGAGACAGUCCCAAAGCUGGACACAGACUUGUACGGUGGUGUGGAUGGUGAAGGGGAACAAUGAAUCCCCAAUGGCUUCUGCUGUAGGGACAUUGAGCCAGUGUGGGGCCAGUGGAUGCCUGAUUCGUUCUCAUCUAAGAAUUUUUCAAAACCAGGGGGUUUGAUUUCUGACAUUUAAAAUAGGAAAAUGCCUAAUUUCAACAAGCAAAAGAAGAAGAAAUCAAUCCUGUCCCCAAACUGAUAGUGCUCAAAAUUCCACCCAUCUCAUCACCUGCCUAGUUCUGCCUAGUCAAGAUUCCCUUCACUGUUUUUAAAAGAAAAUUAUGUUUAACUAUGCCUAGAAACCAACCCCUUCCUUCUUCAAAUCUACAAUGACUUUGAGCACAGCAGAUGACCGAGAUUGUUUCUUUCCAUUUAAUAGGCCCACAUUUUAUUGAACAGCUACAGUGGAAGGUCACUGAAGACUGUGAAGUCCUGUUGACCUGCAAGGUAAAUAGCACAAUCCCAGACACUGGCAUUAUUAUUAUGGAAAAGAAAAGAGGAGAGACAAUAUCCACAAUUAAUAGGCAGUUAAGAGUGCAAUCCUAUCUAUGCCUAGUCCUGUUGAAUUCAGUGGGGCUUACUCCCAGGUAAGUGGGGUUGGGAGUGAAGCCUAUUGUUUUGGCAUAACAAAGAUGCAAAAUGUUCUGUCUCCUGGUCUCAGUUAACAAAAGAAAACUAUCCCCACAAUCUCAGCCUUGUUCCCAUUUUACCAGAGGCCGGUGGACCAGUGGUAUAGUGGUAGAUUUUUUAAGUGCAAGAGAUCAUUAGUCUUUGUAACCGUGAACUCAAGGAGAGUCCAACAAUGCAAGCAGUUGUUAUUGAUCCGCUCUAUAUUAUACACUCAUCAAAGAGCAGCAGUACAUACCACGAUACUCCAUUUAUUAGGACCAGCAGGACUGUAAUCCUGCUGGGAGUAAACUUACAGGAAGUCAAUUUAAUAGAACUCAUUGGUACUUGCUUCUGACUGCAUAGCGUCAUAUUGUAUAUGACGCUGAGCUUUAACAAAAUAUCAUCAGCCAACUGAAAUGCAACAACAGAAAUGCAAUCAAUCUUGCAAGGAAGCUGCAAUAAGUUACCGUUUAAACCACUAGCAUGAAGCAGUCAUCCCAUCCAAUAAAAGCAAAGCAGUACCUAGCCUCUAUUUAAGUAUUUCCCUCUUUCUCUGACUUCGUCUCUGCUUCUCUGUCCCAGACAAUAGAUUGUACCUGAAAGUCUCUUUAUCGCUCAUUUCACUUGCCGGAACAAGUAGAAUUCGUCAAUUCCCUUAUACUCCCAGCAGGUAUUGUUAUUGCUCAGGCCCUGUAAAAUAUCCUGGAGCUGUGCUCCCUUGCACUCUCCCUCCACACUACCACUGCUGAGAGCUAAACUAUUUGUGACAUUAAUUGUGCCAGAAAUGGGAUUCCCUGGCAGGGCUGCCCUGGGGGAUGCUAUAGCAGCGGAAAGGAGGAGUUUCUAAAUUGUUUCUCCUAACCAGAUUUCAAGUACUCCUACCCAUUUCCUUUCAACAGGCAGCAAACAUGAAGAAGGAGAGCACUUUCAAAUGGUUCUUUGAUAACAAACCUCAUUCAGAUGGUCAGUAUGACCCAAAGACAGGUGCUGGAGUCCUGCGGAUUAAGAAGGUAAAGAGUGUGCAAUAGCCAACUGGGUCAGUAAUGUAUAGGGUGGAAUUAAAAUGGAUUUAUAGACACUACAUGCUAAAAUGAGGUGGGGGGAAUGAAAGACUGCCCAGGUAAUCAUGGUGCACAUGGACCUUUGUUGCAUCUGAUCACCCUACACAUCAAUGAUGCUCAAUGCUUUUUUCAUUUCUUGAUAGAUAAAUAUAUGUCUGUAUGUCUGUUUUGUGCUAGAUUACCAAAGCAGAUAAGGGAAUAUACAAAGCUGUGGUUUCUGAUGACCGAGGGGAAGAUACAACUCAGCUUGAUCUCUCUAAGGAAGGUGUGUUUCUCUUCAUUCCUUGGGCAGGAGAUAUAUUGUUGUCUGUUCAUUAAAAAAUAUAUAUAACCUGCCCUUUAUCAACACAAAUCCAGAGUACCAGUAUAUCAAGCAACACACUCUGGUGUUUCUUAAAAACUCUUUUCAUUGAUUUAAACAAGAGUAUGCACUUCAAUAACAAGAACAAAAAACAAGAACCAAAUGAAAUCGAAAAUUAUACACACACACAAGAAGUACAAAUAUGGGUUGUUUCAUUCCUGGAAAUUAUAAUAAUUAUUAUUGGUGCUGGGAAGUAAUACCCUACCAGGCAGGGCUCGAAUUCCCACUCAGCAUAAAUCUCCCUGGGUGACUUUGACCUCUCAUUUUCUCUUGGCCUAAUCCACCUAAGCAGGAUUUGUUGCGUGGAUAAGAGGAAGAAAGACUUGUGUGGCCAGCACUUUGCCAACAGCUGUGCUGGCUGGGGAUGAUGGCAACUGUAGACCCAAACAUCAGGAGGGUACCAGGCUGAAGAAGAUUGAUGCACAUUCUUCUGAGCUCCUUGGAGGAAGGGCGAGAUCUCAGUGAACUUCUAAUUGAACAACCCCUAAUUCUUUUCCAAGUAAUCCCAUGGUUAUCCAGAACGUAGUUUGAAAAUAUUGCCAUUCUGAUAUGUUUGCUAUGUGUUGCUGCUUGUUUGUUUUCAUCUACUUAAAAGGAUUUUUAAAAAUGUGUUUUACAGCAUUUGAUGACAUCCUCAAGGAACUUGCCAGGAUCAGCGGUAAGUUGUUUACUUCUAAACCCAAAUCGUUGUGGUAUCAAUUACAUUACAUGAAAGAUGUAAAUAGGUACAAGGCUGCCGCCUUGCUGAAGCUAAGCAGGUCUGGGUUUGGUCAGUGCCUGGAUCAGUGACCUCUGAGAACGACAUGUAUACAUACCUGCCUUUGCUAUCAUCGUGGAAGAAAGGCAGAAAGAAAAUAAACAAAUGUGGGUUAAAAGAAAAGCAAAAAAUAGGAGGCUUGAUCAUCUUUCUCAACUGCAUUUCCAUCCCCACAACCCCUCCCUCCCCAUAAUUCUCUGUUUAGUUCUUUCUGCAUCACCUUUGAAAGUCCAGCCUACUGUAGAAGGCAUCAAGAUCUACAGUGAGGUGAAAUACUACACAGAUGCCAUGAAAGCAACCUGGGACCACAAGUAUGUGUUUAUUUAUUAGUACUUAAUUGGUUUAGAAUGCUUAUACCAUGGUUAGGCAAACUAAGGCCCGGGGGCUGGAUCCGGCCCAAUCGCCUUCUAAAUCCGGCCCACGGAUGGUCCAGGAAUCAGCAUGUUUUUACAUGAGUAGAAUGUGUCCUUUUAUUUAAAAUGCAUCUCUGGGUUAUUUGUGGAGCAUAGGAAUUCGUUCAUUCCCCCCCCCCAAAAAAAAAUAGUCCGGUGCCUGUUCACUGUCUGAGGGACAGUGAACCGCCCCCCUGCUGAAAAAGUUUGCUGACCCUUGGCUUAUACCAACAAAAGAGGAGUGGCAGGUUAAGUUAUUUGAGUAUAUGGAAUUAGAGAAUAUGACUGAGAAGAUCAGGGAUCAGUUGACCCAAAAGUUUGACAAUGAAUGGGACAUUUACAGAUUAUAUUUAAAAGAACAUUGUCCCCACAUCAAAGCUUUAGUAUGCUUUGACUAACUCUCUGACUUUAGUAUGCUUUGACUAGCAUAAUGUAAAAAGAGCACAAACAGCAUUUAAUACAGGUUAAGUUUAUUGAAAAAUAGAUGCAAUUAAUAAGGAAACAAAGAACCCACGCUGAGGAGGUCGGAAGUCGGUGGAGAAAGUUGUCUGUUUGUAAUAUUUGUGUGUUUUGGUGUUGUACUUUCUUUUUUCUUUUUGGAGUUAUGUUUUCUUUUUUCUGUGUGUAUUGCUUAUGAACUAAUAAUGAUUGUUUUUUUAAAAAAAGAAUGCUUAUACCUCCACUUUAAAGCUCCAAGCGUUGCUCAGGGGCUUGCAAAAGAUUCUCAAAACGAAAUUACACUCAAAACUAAUAUUCCACAUUCAAAUCUAGCAUUUUUGGAAAUUAUUAGCAUAAGAGGUAUGUGUACUAAUGGGGUGGGGAAGUGUUCAAAAAUGACGCAUCCACAUGGUUUGCCAUAUAUGCAUGAGCCUUUUGCCUGCAUGCCACCACUUGUCUAACCUCUUCUCAGCAAUUGAGCUUUAUUUUAAAGAUGGAGGGGGGAAACCUUUACACCGCUUGUCUGAAGUCACUGCCUCCAUACCUGAAAAUGUGGGACAAAUCUUCUGGUAAAAUGAGAGGGGGAAUUGCUGCUCUCUUCUGCCUUAACUCAAAGGCAUGGGGUUUGGUUCAGCGUUUGUAGUUCUUUGUCUAUGAAACUGAGGGAAUGGACUAGUCUGCUUUAUUUUUAAAUCAGGGAGGGAGGGAGGAACAAAGGAACACUGGAACCUCUGAGUGUAGCAAAAGGCCACACACCCCAAUUUUAGAUAUUUUCCAUAACUUAACUCUCUGUGGCAGUAAUCCAUCAAUCACAUUUGCCAGAGAAGAGGCUAGGUGGCACCAGCACUAAGACGUCUGGCCCCAGCGCCAUUGCUCUGACAUAGUUAAAUGUUGUUGUUUUUUCCAUCAUGGUAAUCCAAUGUCAUCCUGUUUAUUCAGCGACAAGCGCGUGGAAGGAGGAGACCGACUGAAAACAGGAACAACCAUGGAGCAGGUUUGGCUCCACAUCCUGGAUCCCAAGGAGUCGGACAAAGGCAAAUAUACUUUGGAGUUGUUUGAUGGAGAAAAAUCACGCAAGCUGUCGACUGACCUGUCUGGCAAAGGUAAGCAGCAAGCCAACAGCUUUUUUUUAGAAUCAUAGAAUUGUAGAGUCGGAAGGUACCCAAAGGGUCCUCUUUGCCUCCAUCUCAACACCCAACACUCCGCCUGGCCUUUGGUUUUCCUCUCUCCAACACUGGCAAAAUUAACCCUUACAUUGCAAACUGAAUGAUCCCUGCCGUUGCACUUCCAGCCAUUUGAUGCUAAGAAAGACCUGCUGACUAAAGUCCUGCUUCCUCACCCCACAAAGAUGAGUCUCCCUGGCCUAGAAAAUUAACAUUCUGUGACUUUGCUAAGUUCCUGCCUUAGCUCACUUAGCUCCAUCUUAGAGGAGAUCCUGGUUUAACACUCCUUCCUGCAGGAUUAGAGUUGGAAGAAAAUUUUCCACAGAUUCAACAGCAUUUCAGAUGUCAGAUUUGACUUUUUGAAUUUCAGAUACUUAUAGAUUUUUGUACUGAUAUUUGAUUUUGAGGGAGAUGUAAUUUUUGCUAUUGUAAAGGAGCUAUGUGAUGUCAUUGAGUGGCAGGAGACUGAGCUAUGGAACAAAGUUUACUUAAUACACUACAUCUCUUACAACAACCAAAUUCAAAAUGGCUACUGCUAACCUGCACCUGCAAUCCUAUAUGCACUGGGAGUAAGUCCCACUGAACUAAAUGGCUUUCAUAGGCUUAUGCUGUAAGCUUCAGUUACUUGUUGGUGUUCCACAGAACUGGUUCCCUCCAUGUACUUAUUCCAAUAACACUUUGGUUCCUACUUCUCAUUCCUACCUGAAAUGUUGCUGGAAAUUUAGAAUUCCCUGUCAUUGAAGCCCUACAUUUUUUUCCUCCAGUUUCUAGAAGUACCUUCCCUUCACCUCUCUCAAUGAACAAGGCUCUUUUUCACUAAUGGAAACUAAUUCCCCGUGUUAGAGAGGGCAACUGAGCAUUUUCCGUCCAGAUUUAUGGGCAUAGGCGUUUGGGAUAAUAGAAAACAUUUUACUGCUGGCAAUCUUUCCUUCUUUCCUUUUCGUUGGCUGCUUGUGUAUUUGCCUUAAAGCUAUAUACAGCGGACGCUUGGGUUGCGAAUGUGAUCCGUGCAGGAUGCAUGUUCGCAACCCACAGCGUUCGCAACCCAUAGUGGCGCAUAUGCGCACGUGCAGGUUGCAAUUCAGCGCUUCUGGGCAUGCGCAAAGCACGAUUUAGCGCUUCUGCACAUGAGAGACUGCCACACCCGGAAGUAACCCAUUCCGGUACUUCUGGGUUUCAGCAGGUCUGUAACCUGAAAAAACAGAACCUGAAGCGUCUGUAACCCAAGGGAGAAAGAGUUUGGGCACUUCCUUGGAGAUGAAUGACAAUUCUGUACAUAGGAGACAAACAGAGUACAAGAACCUGGUAUUGUUUUCAUAUUUCAACAGUAAAGAAAAACAUGGUUCAUUCAGUCAAAAUCUCUCUCUUUUUGCAGCUUUCGAUGAUGCGCUGGCUGAACAUCAAAGGCUCAAGUAAGUUUUUGCUCCAAACUCUUUCCUUUUCAAUAGAAAAUCUCUACUUGUCACUUAACCAAGACUCAAUGCAGUGGAAGGUUUUGCUUCCUUUCUAAGCAUGCUCCAGUCAUCUGGGUGUGAAGCUGAUGCCCUAACUGUGUACUUCAUGACAAAAUGUGCAUCCUGAGAUAGGAAGCAGUUAGUAUGCUCACCCUCUUAGUGAUCCUUUGCACCCACAUUUUUUUUCAAGAGGCACCUGCCCUUUGGAACAAAGUAGUCUGCACUGGACCUACCAUUAAACAAAGGGUGGUGUAAUUUGUUCUUCUAACAGCUGCCAAAAAAGCUUGUCCAAAAAGCACUGAUGUCAAGCUUUGUUUUCAAAAAAACACACCCAGAAAGUGGGGUGGGGAAAUAUGCAAGAUUGAAAUGCCAGCUAGGAGAAUAGCCAUAUUAGUUGAGGGAUGUGAGGGGUUCUUAUUUGCCCUACAGUUGGGGUGAUGGUGUCUUUGUUAGUGUUUUAAUUUUAAUUAAGGAUGGGAGGGCUUUGUAGAUUUAUGGUGGAACUCUCUAAUCUUAUGUAAUAAGCCAGUACAGGGUGUAGUGGCUAGAGCAUUGAAUAUGACCUGCGUUCAAAUACCUGAUGAAGCCAUGAAGCCAAUUGGGUGGGCCUUGGAUGUCACGCACACUCUCUCCCAGUUAGAGUGGCUGGGAGGGAGAGAAAUUCAACUCAGGUCACAUUUAAAGGUCAAUCUACCUAACUCACACUUUCUGAAACCAAUAUGAGAACCAAAACAUAGCCAUUUUCAGAAUUUGCACUUUUCCGAAUUUUCAGUGCAGUUCUCCAGCCAAGUAAGGGGUACGAAAAUGCAUAUAUUGCAAUAAACUGUGCAUUGGAUAGGAAUAUAGUGGGGGGGGGUAUGCAAAAAUGCAUUACAUUAAGGAAAAUUUGCUUUGCAAAAAUGUACAUAUUAGGCAACAUUACAUUCAGAAUUGUAUAUAUUUGGACUUUUAAAAAUUGCAAAUUGGUGUGGAAAUGUGGAGAACCAAGCUUAAAACUGGGAAAAAACAAGAAACUAAGAGAAACUGGAAUUGGCACAUUCAUCUGCCCCUCCUUCCAACCUAUAUCAUGGGGUUAUUAUGCAGCUUAAAUGGGUUGGCUCCUUGGAAUAGGGGAAAGCAGAGAUUCAGGAAGAAAAUCUCUUUAUGAGUAUUAGAUACUCAUUUAAUAAGAAAAAGCCUAUGCUGAUUUCACAAUAUCAUUUUUCAUUUUAGGGAAGCAGCUGUUGUGGAAGAGCGUGAGUAUACAAAAGUGCAAUCUUUGUUGCCUGAACCAAAAUGCAUUGUUUUGUGUUAUAUAUUGUACUGUGACACACUUCCAUUUCCCUUGGUCAUGGAGGGGAGGUCUAUGGGCAGUACCAGUGGGUUGAGUUUCCUAUGGAUCCAAAAGUAUUGGAGACUUAAAGCUGUCUUUCUAAUAUGAGCUAUCCUCAUAAAUAUACAAGUUGGGCAUAUAAGAAGCAAGCAGACACUCUUUCAGCAGGUCCAAAGGGAUAAUCUUCUGCAGCAGCAUCAACUCCACCCCUGCCAUCAAGGCUGCUCCUCCCAUUUCAAUUAACUCCAGGUGGAAAGCUCUUUUAAGUUCAAACUGAAAGCUGCUUUUUUGCUAUCUGCCUCCUCUUCACAGCUGGAGGAGUAUCACCUUCUCUGAGCUUUGAUGUGCAAUGCAUUCUGAAAGCUACCGAGAGAGAUUCGCAGCUAUCACAAGAUCAUCUUCUGGCCUUAGCUCUCAGCUGUGAAGCAUCAGCUGAUUGUCCUGGUCAAACAGUCAGUAGCCUAACCAAGGAACAGUCAAACAGCAGUCAUAACAUUAUUAAUAUAUAAGCUUAGUAGACAUUCCUCUUUUGGUGGGAAAAGGUGAGGUGAUAGCUGAAUAAAUAAUAAUGAUAUUUGAUCUUUUGCCAGGCCGAGCAAAAGUUGUUCGGGGCCUUCCAGAUGUUGCCACCAUAAUGGAGAACAAGGUAAUUCUAAUGUUAUGGACAGGUUAACUCUAGCCCUAAUAGUAGGGGAACAACUUCUUCCUCUGGAUACCCCAAAAUGCUUGACAGCCCUUACAAUUUAUAACCCCAUGGAUACAAUAAUGCCCCCUUUCCGCACUCUAAUUUAUUAACAGGACGAUGGUCUAAAUCUUUUUCUCAUAUUUACACUUCUCUGCGUAUAUAUGAGGCAGGGAAAAGACACACAAGGGGAGGGCAUUUAAAGUUCCUGAUUGUGAUUAGUAGCAAACCACAGUUUCCCAUAUUCAAAGAAAAUGGUAAACUAUGGUUUGUUACCAACUGAGUCUGGAAGCUUAAAAUAACCUCCUCUGCAUGCAACACAAGUGGAGUAUGUGAACCUAAUGCUCACUAAGGCUUACACAUAACAACUGAAUUGGUGCUGCAUCCAUUUUAUAAGGGCAUAAGUUUAAUAUACUCUCCCACUCAGAGACCUUUCUUAUCUGUAUUGCUUUUCUUUUGUAAAGCCUGAAUUCCUAUCGCUAAUGCUAUGUUUGUUUGUUUGUUUGUUUGUUUGUUUGUUUGUUUGUUAAACAGACUCUCUGCUUGACAUGCAUCAUAUCUGGAGAUCCUUAUCCGGAGAUCACUUGGUACAAAAACGAGCAGGUCAUUACAUUCAAAGAUCGGUACAAGAUGGAAGUGAAAGGGACCGUUAUCACCAUCACCAUUGAGAAUGUCAGCAGCGAGGACUCUGGGAAAUUCAGCAUCUUUGUCAAGAACAAGUGGGGCUCUGAAACUGGCAGGGUUACCGUCAGUGUGUACAAGCAUGGAGAAGAGCCGAAGGAGCUAAGAGAUGAGCGGGCCUUGAUCUGAGCUAGGCCUUAGCCCAGGGCCUUGUUUCAACUCCAGAGCUCACAUAAAAUAGUCCGAUAGAAGAGAUUUAUUUUCCUUCCCCAUUUGCAGAGCAUUUCUCUCACUGCCAAAUAACUGCCCCCAGUAUAUAUAGAUUGGUGCUUCCAGGACAGACUACCAGCUAUGCUGGCUAUGUUCUACCUCCACUGUCAGAGGCAGUAUGGCUCAGAAUAGUAGCUGCUGGGAAUCACAAAGGGUGAGAGCUCUGUUGCACUCAGUUUUGAGCUUUUCAUAGGCAUCUGGUUCACCACUGUUAGAAAAGGAUGCUCAACUAGAAGGGCCUUUAGCGGCCUAAUCCAGCAGGGCUCUUCUUGUGUUCUUAUGACUGCCUGAAGCCGCAACUCCUCUCCUUUUAGAAAUUAAACACUAGAGAGAAAUAAUUCCCCAGCCCCUACUCUUGUGUUGAUCAAUAUCCUGACAGUAUUUCCUAACACAGCAUGCAUGCACACUUAGAUAGACACACGGGAAGCAAAUAAAUACCUAUGAAGAAUCAAAAACCAGUGGAGACCCAUCUGUUUUUACAUGGUAAAGGCAAUCUGUGAUAGACAGUGUCAUUGGGUUGGAUCCAGGCUAAGCUAAUUGAAUGUGGGUCCCAUGGAAAUCAAUGGAUUGGGGAAGUCAUGACUUAACUUGCAUUGAAAUAAAUAAAACUUGAAUUCAGCCAGCAAAAUUCCUCAUAUGUUCACCCAGUAAAUUUAUUUGGGGUAUCAACCUUAAUCUGGAUCCAUCCUCCUGUUUUUUUAUCUAUCCUAACUAGUGGGCAUGCACAGUUUGUACUGCUUCCUUCAUAAACCUAGAACAGCUGGUGCCAAGGGGCAGUUGCAGUGAAAUGGCUGGAGGGUGGAGGCAGCACUUGGCAGUCAAGGUAGGAGGCUGGGAAUGAAGCCCGGUUUUCUUGUGGGCACCCAGGAAUUACACAAGUAAGAGGCAUGUGCAAUGGACUUCCCCAUUCUACUGAGUCCCUCUGAAGGACAACUGCUGCAAUGAAUGGACAUGAGGUUCCAUCUUUAGUCAAGCAUCUUUCCAGCCAGAUGCCUCAUGGGAAACUCAAAAGCAGGGCAGGAUGGCAAUAGCUCUCCCCAUAUUGUGCUUCCACCUAAACACACACAUCCAGUAGCUGGUAUUCUGUAGCAUACAAUUUCUGACUCUUCCUAGUUGAUUUUGUCAUAGUGAUCUCAGCUUGUGAAAGUGCCAACCACCACCACAUCCCUUGGUAGCCCACUUUUUGAAAAUAUUUCAGAACACAGCUACGAGGACUUGCAUCAGAGCAUCCAUAGGAACAGUACUGUACAUGAAAAUCCCACUUGGAAAAUGUGGACUGCAAGCUAAGGACCCCUCCAGACUUGUGGUGCUAUGACAAAAAUAAUGUUUUAGUGGUGGCUUUAUUCUGCUCAUUAGUUCUGUGAUGCUUCCCCAAUGCUACCUCAUUAUUGAUGUCUGGAAAGGCUGCAGCAGAACAAAAGUGGGACACACCCAGAACAUUUGUAGCACGAAAAGUCAAGGAAUUUCAGCAGGAAGUCACAGGAUGUGUAGUGAUUGGAAAUGAAGUAAUGUGACCACCCCAACUUUUGUAGGUGCAAAUAGUGGGAUUGCAUAUGACGUCCCCGAUAUUAUAAUAAUAAUAAUAAUAAUAAUAAUAAUAAUAAUAAUGUUAUUAUUUAUACCCCACCCAUCAUGAAAUCACAAUUUUAAAAAUCUGGGUUCACCAUGUUAAAAAGGGACUUGUCAAUCAAGCUUUAUUGGAAAGUUUUGGGACUUGGGUGGUAUGUCAGGCAGGUCUAAGGGUGAUGUUCGGUCUACAGUGGCUCGUUCACAAAUUAUAACAUGAUAUUGCGGUUGCCCAGUGACGAGCAUGCAUGCAUGACUCAGCCCUGGCAGACAGAGAGAAAAGAAAGUGUACUUUAGAGAAUGGGGAAAGGGGGGGUGCCUGGAAAGAGUGACAGGCCUACAGCUCAGGUUCUCCUCACAAAUCAUGGCCUGAACUAGAGUACAGAAGAUGCUGAAUUUGUUUUUCACGAAAAACAAACCUGAAAUCAAACGUCUAUAGCAGCAGCAGCAUUAUUAUUACUUGAAUUAUUAUUAUGAUGAUGAUCAUGAUCAUCCCACCUUAUAAGGAGCUCAGGACAGUAUACAUUAUUCCCGUCCCCUAAUUUUAUUCUCACAGUAACAACCCUGAAAGGUAGGCCAGUGGCAGAGUUGGUGUGUGGCUCAAGGUCACCUGUUGAGUUUGAUGGUUGAGGUCUCAGUCUACAGUACUAUAUACUAGAGUCACAUCCACAACAUUCAUUUAAAGCACAUGGUUCCCCCCCCCAAAAAAAAUCCUGGGAACUAUAGUUUAGAGUCCUGGGAAUUGUAGCUCUGUGAGGGGUAUACUUCCAGGAUUCAUUGGGUGAAGUCAUGUGCUUUGGUUUAAGUAUGCUUUAACUGAAUAGUGUUGAUAUGUCUGAAGUCAGAGACCUUCCUGCUGAUAUUAAUGGCACUGGCUCUAUUCUGGAUGUAGAGUCCAGGUGACACUUUUUCAGAAAGAAGGCUUGAGUGGACUUCUGAUGCAUUUAUUAUUUGGUGUUAUUGAUCAAGAAUCUGUAGUAAGCUGUUUUGUGGUUCAUGCUAUGCUUUUAAUAUCCAUGUUAAAGAAAACAAAUAAAUGUGACAAGACAAGAGCAAAUGAUGAUGCUUGAUGAUGAAGCAUGCAUUAAUAAACUAGAAGCCUAAAACCUGAA